AUGCAGGAUUUUCAGUUCCGGCAAAUGAAGAAAACCCGGGUCUUUGAUUCACCUGAUGACCUACCGAAGGAUAGAUCAAGUCUGCUCGCAGUCUCCAACAAAUUUGGACUGACAUUUGUCGGACUAGACAGAAAGAUCAAGGUGUACCUCACAGGGGACAUCCUAGCUUCAGACAAAGUUGAUGGGAACUCCAAUGAAAUAGGUAAGAUUUUCCGUACAUUGGUCAUUCUGUCUUGUACAGUUUUCAUAAGCAAAGACAGUUAUGGCUUGCCUUGGCCAAGUUAACUUGACUUUACCUUUUUCUCUCAAUCUUACUCCUUCUCUCUCUUUCUCCCCUUUCUCAGUUGAGGGGAUAGCAGCCUUGGCUGAUGUUCAUGUGGAGUUGCCUGUGCACAACCUGGGCCUCAGCAGUGAUGAGCUCACCCUGUCAGUCAGCGGCAUGUCAGAAGCAUCAGGCCUGUCGCUGGCCUUCUAUGACGUCCGCACCUUCAUCAACAAGGUGAUUAACGAACUCUCAUAACAACCUCCCACUGCUAAUGGGUUUGGACAGUGUCCGAAAACCUAAUUUUUUCAGAAUGAAGUGAUACGGUUUCAUCAUAGUCCAUGAUUUGAUAUCAAAUGAAAGCACACCAAGGUUAGUCAACCCCACUUCUUCAGUUCCAUAUUUUUCCCACACACCUAAUCCCAACACUUCCAUGGUUGCCCCCUCUCUCCAGGCCCGACCGCAGAAGUUGCCGUUUGCGACUCUGCGACCUAGAGCCGGCCUGGGCAUAAUUGUGCAGGACCUCAAAUGGAACCCAGUGCAGGUGUCCAUGCUGGCCGCCUGUCUGUCUGACGGCAGCAUGAUGGUGCUGGAGGUCACAGACAGCGUCACAGUGCAGGCCCAGCUACCUGCCACAGAGGGCAUCACCUGUGGUAAGUGUGACAUAGUGUGUAAUCACUUUGAGGUAUACAUGCAAAAAUUAUUGUAAUUUGUCAUGUAAUUGUAAUUUUAUACAAUUUUGUUCACUUUCUGUCAUCCUCUCCCUUCACACAGUGUGCUGGAGUCCCAAAGGAAAGCAAGUGGCAGCUGGAAAAAUGAAUGCAACAGUCAGUCAGUACACUCCAGUAAGUCUCAGUAUAAUACAUUAACAACGGUAGACACACUCAUUAUUCCUGUGAAGUCUGGUGUGUAUGAUGAAUUAUGCCCUGGUCUGACUCUGACUGUGCUCCCCUGAACAGGGGCUUCAGGAGAAGAAAGUGAUCCCCUGCCCAAGCUUCUACAGCUCCGACAACCCUGUCAAAGGUAAACUAGACAGAUCAGGCUGGCCUGAAGCAAUAAACCUCCUUGCCUUUUAUUUUUAUUUUCAGUGCCUUUAUUUUCCUGCCAGAUAACAUAUAUUUGAGAUUCUGGUUUUCUUUGUGUUGUCCUUUCUCUGUCAGUGCUGGAUGUGCGGUGGCUGAGUACGUUUGUGUUUGCUGUGGCGUAUGCAGCAGCCGACGGCAGUCCGGAAACACCUCCUGAACUGGUGGUGAUCUCCCUCCCUGUGAGUAGUACCACUGCUCUGUCAUACAUCUGAAUGAUGAGAUCAUUUUGCAGUGUUAAUUGUUAUAAUACUAAUAGGGUCAUUUCACUCAGUGACUGAAAUGUUUUCCCUCUUAAGUGAUAGUUUAUGUGUUUGCCUUUUUCAUUAGUACUGAAACCAUUUUGACAAUUAACAUGUUGCUAUGACAGACAAAGACAGAGAAGAGGGAGGAGAGGUACCUGAACUUCAACGACCCGGUGUACGGCACCUGCACAGAGAGACAGCACCACUACUUCCUCAGCCACAUAGAGGACUGGUGAGACGGUCCUCACUCUGUAUUCUGCCCUGCCUGUCUGCAGAACGUUUUUAUUUUCUUGUUUGUAGAAAGUGGCUUUUGUAUGCAUAUAAGCUCUGUUCCGUUUCCCUCUGGCUCUCAACUUCAGUGUUCGAGGAACAGCCGUGAGGUUGGUGAAUCACUUAUUCUCAUUGUUAUUUUUCUUCUUUCAGGGACGUUGUUCUUGCCGCAUCAGCAGCCUCCAUUGAAGUCAGUGUCAUCGCCAAGCAAGAGGAUAAGGUAAUAUUUGUGAAUCAGCAUUGGUUUGAUUCUCACUCUGGGCCUUAGAAAGACAUCGCCUCAGCGUCUUCUGAUUAAUUAUUAUGGAGUAGUAAAGCCCUAAUCAAAGGCCAACUGAUAUUGAUCAAGUGAGCCACUGAGUGUCUGUGUUGUCAUGUAACCUCUCUGUGCCAUGUGGUGGUGUUCAGACCAACUGGGAGCUGUGGCUGCUGGAGGACGCCAGCAGGGGAGAGCUGCCAGUCUCUCAGAAUAACGACGACACACUGCCUCUGGGGCUGGCCAUCGACUACACCAGCCAGCAGGAGAUCCACAUCAGUGAGUGGUUGCUGCUUUCUCCCCUUCCAGCUUUCCACAUUCUUCUGACCCCAUUCCAAACCGGUCACUUUCUCCUUGAUGGAUUUCUAAUUCUCCCCUUGCUGAAUGAAAAGACUUUGCCAUAUUGUUACCAGUCCAGUUCAUGCAGAUCUAAGAGUGUACAGUAGGCAGGAAGGGUCAAGCAAAAGAAGCUGGUGAACCAUUUGAAAUCAGCUGAUAUGUUUGUCAACAAUGUAGGGUUGACCCCAUUUAGUCGACUUGUCGAUUGUUUGGUCGAUAGGCUGUUGGUCGACCGAGAUUUCUUUACUCGAGCAGUAGCACAAAACAUUGUUGAUUGGCUCCUGUCUGAGUGGACUGAUCCAUUGUGGAGGCCGUGGGGAUGGCCCAGUCCAUCAGUCUAAGACGUGCUACUGAAAUUGUAUAUUGUUACAUUAUGUAAGAACAAUGGUGCAAUACAAAUAACAAUAAUAUUAUUUUAUAACAAAUGUGCGUUCUCCCGCGUUGGAUAGUGGUCGCUGUCCGCGGUUCUGAACACAUCGGUGCACCAUUGGUGCCUUUUCCUAGACCAUGUUGCUAUGUGCAUAAUAGCAAAGUUAACCAGCAUAUUGGUGUUGAGAAAAAUGUGGCGGAGGCAGCAACGGAGUUUGGAGACGACAAAACAACCCUUGCCUUAAUUGUCUAAGAAAAGUGAGGAGAGAGGAAACACUAACUUAAGUAGGUCUAUAAUCAAUCGCCUAACUGUUAAAUGUGCCUGGCUUUAUAAAUCAUACAUGUAUAUGUACAGAAAUAAGACAGAUCCUGCUUCUGUUGCCUGUUUGAGUGUUUGUUUAUUAGCCUACUGAUUCCGUGAGCACCAAGACUCACGCAACCACGUCGGAUAAACAAUUUCACAAAUUCGUCUGUUUUUAAUCUUUGCUAUGCUGUAAUAAAGGCUGGACCAGCCUCUCUGGUAUUAUUUGUAAUUUAUUUAGUGUUGUUUCCACUGUUCCAAAUUGUCUGAAAUUAUAUUUAUUAUAAUAAUAACCCUCCUUUUUCCUUGAUCUCCUUAUUGUUAUUAUUAUUAUUAUGAUCAUCGUUAUAAUAAUAAGUAAUGUCAUUAUCAUUAGUAGGCUUAGGAUAGCAGCCUUGUAUAACGACCAUCAAGCCGUAGGCCUAAGAGUGCAUCCUGUUUAUUCUUAAUACCAUAACUUACUUAGGCCUAUAUUUCAAUACUUAUAUAGGCUACUGUGUCAAUCAAUCAUUUAUUUGUUCAUGUCAUCACACAGCAUACGAGUUAUUCAUGUUUUGAAAUGCAAUCAAGCAUUUUAUUUUAAAAAUAAAAUAACAAAGAGACCAUUGAAUAAUUAGCGUAAACAAUAAAUGGGCCUAAACCGUUCAAUGAAUGCGACUGUUUUUAGUCUGCUGUAAUAAAGGCUUUACCAAAACAAAAACAAAAACCUUACAGCAGACUCUCUGGCACUCUUAUAAUUUAUGUAGUGUUGUUUACGUUCUUCCAAACGGUCAGAAAUGUUUUAUUGGAAUCUAACAGCACGUUUGGCACACAUAAUAUGCACACAGCGCUUGCUCCUUACCUUCUUUUUCUUGAUCUCCAGUAUUUUCCGCAACUAGUCAAAUUUAUUCCACACAUCUGACUUCCCCUUUACCUCCUGAGCAACCAGUAAACAUUCCCCCAUUUUGAGUUUAUUUGUCACGUCCUCUGCAUCCAUUUUGCUGUCACAUGUGUUACGGUGUUCAGAGGUUGUUAUAACCAAUUUAUUGAUGUGAUUAUGAUAAUCUAUAGGUCAGGCCCUAUUGAUCACGUGCAUGCGAUGCAUACGUGUCACGUAAAGAGAGUAAGUGUUGAGGGAAUAGGGAAUGUUUUUCCUAAACAAAUUAGGGAUUUCGGUAACAACUUUUCAGUCAGAAAUGGCUGUAAUUAUGUUACAGCUCCAGCAAUACAGACAGUGCGAUACACACUGUUGAUGUUCUGUGGUGGUCGCUGCAGCAGGGAGGAGAGACAACGGGUGCUAGUCACAGUCACUCGCUGUCUUUUUUUUAUUUUUUACCACAGCGCUGCAAGUCUGAGCCAUGCCCGGCACAAUCAAAUCAAUUGCGGUCGGACUCCCUCUAGUCAUUUGUGUGUCUUAAUUAUUUCAUCCAAGCAUCAGACAAGCUCAGUGCAUAUAGUUGAUUUGAUUAAAACACAUAGGAUGUGUCUAUACAGUGGCUUGCGAAAGUAUUCACCCCCCUUGGCAUUUUUCCAAUUUUGUUGCCUUACAACCUGAAAUUAAAAUGGAUUUUUUUGGAGUUUGUCAUUUGAUUUACACAUCAUGCCUAUCACUUUGAAGAUGCAAAAUAUGUUUUAUUGUGAAACAAACAAGAAUUAAGACAGAACAGAACUUGAGUGUGCAUAACUAUUCACCCCCCCAAAGUCAAUACUUUGUAGAGCCACCUUUUGCACCAAAUACAGCUGCAAGUCUCUUGGGGUAUGUCUCUAUAAGCUUGGCACAUCUAGCCACUGGGGUUUUUCCCAUUCUUCAAGGCAAAACUGCUCCAGCUCCUUGGAUGGGUUCCGCUGGUGUACAGCAAUCUUUAAGUCAUACCACAGAUUCUCAAUUGGAUUGAGGUCUGGGCUUUGACUAGGCCAUUCCAAGACAUUUAAAUGUUUCCCCUUAAACCACUCGAGUGUUGCUUUAGCAGUAUACUUAGGGUAAUUGUCCUGCUGGAAGGUGAACCUCCGUCCCAGUCUCAAAUCUCUGAAAGACUGAAACAGGUUUCCCUAAACAAUUUACCAGUAUUUAGCGCCAUCCAUCAUUCCUUCAAUUCUGACCAGUUUCCCAGUCCCUGCCGAUGAAAAACAUCCCCACAGCAUGAUGCUGCCACCACCAUGCUUCACUGUGGGGAUGGUGUUCUCGGGGUGAUGAGAGGUGUUGGGUUUGUGCCAGACAUAGUGUUUUCCUUGAUGGCCAAAAAGCUACAUUUUAGUCUCAUCUGACCAGGUACCUUCUUCCAUAUGUUUGGGGAGUCUCCCACAUGCCUUUUGGCGAACACCAAACGUGUUUGCUUAUUUUUUUUCUUUAAGCAAUGGCUUUUUUCUGGCCACUCUUCCGUAAAGACCAGCUCUGUGGAGUGUACGGCUUAAAGUGGUCCUAUGGACAGAUACUCCAAUCUCCACUGUGGAGCUUUGCAGCUCCUUGAGGGUUAUCUUUGGUCUCUUUGUUGCCUCUGAUUAAUGCCCUCCUUGCCUGGUCCGUGAGUUUUGGUGGGCGGCCCUCUCUUGGCAGGUUUGUUGUGGUGCCAUAUUCUUUCCAUUUUUUUAUUAUGGAUUUAAUGGUGCUCCGUGGGAUGUUCAAAGUUUCUGAUAUUUUUUUAUAACCCAACCCUGAUCUGUACUUCUCCACAACUUUGUCCCUGACCUGUUUGGAGAGCUCCUUGGUCUUCAUGGUGCUGCUUUCUUGAUGGUGCCCCUUGCUUAGUGGUGUUGCAGACUAUGUGGCCUUUCAGAACAGGUGUAUAUAUACUGGGAUCAUGUGACGGCACAUGUGACACUUAGAUUGCACACAGGUGGACUUUAUUUAACUAAUUAUGUGACUUCUGAAGGUAAUUGGUUGCACCAGAUCUUAUUUAGGGGCUUCAUAGCAAAGGGGGUGAAUACAUACACACGCACCACUUUUCCGUUAUUUAUUUUUUAGAAUUCUUUGAAACAAGUUAUUUAUUUAAUUUCACUUCACCAAUUUGGACUAUUUUGUGUAUGUCCAUUACAUGAAAUCCAAAUAAAAAUCCAUUAAAAUUACAGGUUGUAAUGCAACAAAAUAGGAAAAACGGCAAGGGGGAUGAAUACUUUUGCAAGGCACUGUAUAUGGAAAAAUACAAGUUUUUGUAUUUUAUUAGGAUCACCGUUAGGUGUUGCAAAAGCUGCAGCUACUCUUCCUGGGGUUCACACAAAACAUGAAACAUGACAGAACAUUAAUAAUAAUAAUUAAUAGACAAGAACAGCUCAAGGACAGAACUACAUCAAUAUAUAUAUAUAUAUAUAUAUAUACAUAUCAAUACAUACACACAAACUAUCUAGGGGAUAGGCGUUGUGCCGUGAGGUGUUGCUUCAUCUGUUUUUUAAAACAGGUUUGCAGUUCAUUUGAGCAACAUGAGAUGGAACCGGAGUUCCAUGCAAUAAUGGCUCUAUAUAAUACUGUACGCUUUCUUGAAUUUGUUUUGGAUUUGGGGACUGUGAAAAGACCCCUGGUGGGGUAAGUGUGUGUGUGUUUGAGCUCUGUGUAAGUUGACUAUGCAAACAAUUUGGGAUUUUCAACACAUUAAUGUUUGAUGCAGUCAGUCUCUCUCCAACUCUUAGCCAAGAGAGACUGGCAUGCAUAGUAUUUUUAUCUUCCCUCUGAUUACAAUGAAGAGCAAGUUUUACGUUUUUUUUAAUUUCGAACAAUCGAUUGGUCGAAAGAACAGACGACUCUUUGGUUAUGGUAAUUUCUGUUAAUGCAUUCAAUAUAUAAUGAAUAUACAAAACAUUAAGGACACCUGCUCUUUCCAUGACAGACUGACCAGGUGAAUCCUAGUGAAGGCUAUGAUCCCUUAUUGAUGUCACUUGUUAAAUCCACUUCAAUCAGUGUAGAUAGGAGAAUAGACAGGCUAAGGAAGGAUUUUUAAACUUUAAGACAAUUGAGACAUGGAUUGUGUAUGUGUGCCAUUCAGAGGGUGAAUGGGGAAGACCACCGAUUUGUGUCUUUGAACAGGGUAUGGUAGUAGGUGCCAGGCGCACCGGUUUGUGUCAGGAACUGCAACGCUGCUGGGUUUUUCACGCUCAACAGUUUCCCAUGUGUAUCAACAAUGAUCCACCACCCAAAGGACAUCAGCCAACUUAACACAUCUGUGCAAAUCAUUGGAGUCAACAUGGGCCAGCAUUCGACAUCUUGUAGAGUCCAUGCCCUGACGAAUUGAAGCUGCUCUGAUGGCAAAAGGGUGGGCUGCAACUCAAUAUUAGGGAUGUGUUCCUAAUGUUUGAUAUACUCUGUGUAAUAUUAUUAUUAUUACAGUCAUUUACCGUUCUCAUUAUCGGCGUGGACAUGUUUGUAGAGCUCACAACGUACAGUGCAUUCGGAAAGUAUUCAGACCCCUUGACUUUUUACACGUUGUUAUAUUACAGCUUUAUUCUAAAAUUGAUUAAAUCGUGAUCAAUCUACACCCAAUACCCCAUAAUGACGAAGCAAAAACAGGUUUUUAGAAAUGUUUGCAAAUGUACAAAAAUCUGAUUCUACUGCUUGCAUCAGUUACCUGAUGUGGAAUAGAGUUCAAUGUGGUCAUGGCUCUAUGUAGUACUGUGCGCCUCCCAUAGUCUGUUCUGAACUUGGGGACUGUGAAGAGACCUCUGGUGGCAUGUCUUGUGGGGUAUGCAUGGGUGUUUGAGCUGUGUGCUAGUCGUUUAAACAGACAGCUCGGUGCUUUCAACAUGUCAAUACCUCUCACAAAGUAGUGAUGAAGUCAAUCUCUCCUCCACUUUGAGCCAGGAGAGAUUGACAUUAAUAUUUUUAAUGUUUGCUCUCUGUGUACAUCCAAGGGCCAGCCGUGCUGCCCUGUUCUGAGCCAAUUGCAGUUUUAUUUAGUCCCUCUUUGAGGCACCUGACCACACGACUCAACAGUAGUCCAGGUGCGACAAAACUAGAGCCUGUAGAACAUGCCUUGUUGAUAGUGCUUUUAAGAAGGUAGAGCAGUGCUUUAUUAUGGACAGACUUCUCCCCAUCUUAGCUACUGUUUUAUCAAUGUUUUGACCAUGACAGUUUACAAUCCAGGGUUACUCCAAGCAGUUUAAUCACCUCAACUUGCUCAAUUUCCACAUUAUUUAUUACAAGAUUUAGUUGAGGUUUAGGGUUUAGUGAAUGAUUUGUCCCAAGUACAAUGCUUUUAGUUUUUGAAAUAUUUAGGACUAACUUAUUCCUUGCCACCCAUUCUGAAACUAACUGUAGCUCUUUAAGUGUUGCAGUCAUUUCAGUCACUGUAGUAGCUGACGUGUAUAGUGUUGAGUCAUCCGCAUACAUAGACACACUGGCUUUCCUCAAAGCCAGUGGCAUGUCGUUAGUAAAGAUUGAAAAAAGUAAGGGCCCUGGGGAAUUCCUGAUUCUACCUGGAUUAUGUUGAAGAGGCUUCCAUUAAAUAACGCCCUCUGUGUUCUGUUAGACCGGUAACUCUUUAUCCAUAAUAUAGCAGGUCUCUCCAGAUAUGUUUGAUCGGGUUCAAGUCUGGGCUCUGGCUGGGCCACUCAAGGACAUUCAGAGACUUGUCCCGAAGCCACUCCUGCGGUAUCUUGGCUGUGGGCUUAGGGGUCGUUGUCUUGUUGGAAGGUGAACCUUUGCCCCCAGUCUGAGCGCUCUAGAGCAGGUUUUCAUCAAGGAUCUCUCUGUACUUUGCUCUGUUCAUCUCUCCCUCGAUCCUGACUAGUCUCCCAGUCCCUGCCGUUGAAAAACAUCCCCACAGCAUGAUGCUGCCACCCCCAUGCUUCACCGUAGGGAUGGUGCCAGAUUUCCUCCAGAUGUGAUGCUUGGCAUUCAGGUCAAAGAGUUCAUUCUUGGUUUCAUCAGACCAGAUAAUCUUGUUUCUCAUGGUCUGAGAGUCCUUCAGGUGCCUUUUGGCAAACUCCAAGCGGGCUGUCAUGUGCCUUUUACUGAGGAGUGGCUUCUGUCUGGCCACUCUACCAUAAAGGCCUGAUUGGUGGAGUACUGCAAAGAUGGUUGUCCUUCUGGAAGGUUCUCCCAUCUCCACAGAGGAACUCUGGAGCUCUGUCGGUGACCAUCGGGUUCUUGGUCACCUCCCUGACCAAGGCCCUUCUCCCCCGAUUGCUCAGUUUGGUCGGGCGGCCAGCUCUAGGAAGAGUCUUGGUGGUUCCAAACUUCUUCUAUUUAAGAAUGAUGGAGGCCACUGUGUUCUUGGGGACCUUCAAUGCUGCAGAAAUGUUUUGGUACCCUUCCCCAGAUCUGUGCCUCGACACAAUCCUGUCUCGGAGGUCUACGGACAAUUCCUUUGACCUCAUGGCAACUGUGUAUAUAGACAGGUGUGAGCCUUUUCAAAUCAUGUACAAUCAAUUGAAUUUACCACAGGUGGACUCCAAUCAAGUUGUUUAAACAUCUCAAGGAUGAUCAAUGGAAACAGGAUGCACCUGAGCUCAAUUUCAAGUCUCAUAGCAAAGGGUCUGAAUACUUAUGUAAUUAAGGUAUUUAUGUUUUUAUUUGUAAUACAUUUGCAUGCAUUUCUAAAAACCUGUUUUCCCUUUAUCAAUAUGGGGUACUGUGUGUAGAUUGAUGAGGAAAAACAUUCAUGUAAUUAAUUUUAGAAUACAGCUGUAACUUAACAAAAUGUGGAAAAAGUCAAGGGUUUUGAUUACUUUCCCGAAGGCACUCAGUUGAUUUUACUAAAACACAAAGGGUGUGUCUAUAUAUGGAAAAAUACAUGUUUUACAAUUUCGACCAAUCGAUUGGUCGAAAGAGAAAACGACUUGUAUACACUGUGUGAUGUUCAGCUCCUCAGUGUCAGUCAGUAGCAUUUUGUAUGCGACGCUGGUUGGCGCAUGUGUUCUUUUUGGUAGCUGUGAGAUUAAUAUUGAUAAGCCACUGUCUCGGUAUCUACUGUUUAAGGCAGUCAGUCAGACAGUCACGUAGCACUACUGAAGUUGCUGUCUAGGUUCCCCGCUUAAAAGACUCCACCAGAAAACCGAACUAGCAAUUUGAGCAGCACUUCUAAAUGAUUGUAUUCUGAUCGAACCCUGUCUCGAGAGACCUAGGCUGUAUUGGAUAGAGAGGGGGAGGCCCACAUUCAUUACAAUGACUCGGACGAAUGAGAGAACAACAACAACAACAAAUAACAGAACCAGACAAGCAUGUCUGAGAAUGCUGAUGAGGUUUACCUUGAGCUUUCAAAUCUGUUGUUCUCUCUCUGGAGGGCAGAGUCUCAGGCAAGUAGACUCAUUAUUUGUCUCAUCACACUGGCUUUAGUGCCGGUUUUCUCUCCAAGUGCUUGGGGCUUUGUUUCUUACUAAGAACUCAAGGUCUCUCACGUCACACAGGAAUAUAGCAAUUCAUAUGCUCUGUCCUUGAAGUUGUCUCGGCUUUUGUUAAUGUCCUAUGUACUUGUGUGUUGACGUGCAUCUUCCAUGAGCUUUAGUGUGUGUUUGCCUGUGUGGGUGGGUGUAUGUUUGUGUGCCUGUCGAUAGCUGGGUGUUUGCCUUUUUGUUGCAGUCAAAGUGUGUGUAUGCCUGUGUGUUUCUCUCUGGCUACUAAUAGUAAUACUGUACUUCACUUGAUGUCUCUUUGCCCCACGAACGUAUCUCCUAUGUCACUACAGCCGAUGAGAAGACAUUGCCCCCGGCGCCCACUCUGCUGCUGCUGUCUACAGACGGAGUGCUUUGCCCCUUUUCACUGCUCAACCUCAACCCUGGUGUCAAGCAGCUGGUCGCUGCCCCCAUCAGCCUGGUCCUGGACGGAGAGAGACUGCCCCAUGCAGGUCUGGAGGAACUCAUCAGCUUUUUCAUAUUUACGAAUUGUGUUUUUUAUUCUAUCUCACUGAAUACAUUUGUCUUAUGAUACUUGCAGUACCUAUACUACUAUCAUACUGUAUAGUAUUUAUAAUAGUGUUGUGAUAGGGUCCACUAAAAGCAGCUCUCCUCUCUGCGUUGCAGGUUCUGCAGCUCCCCCGCCCCCUUACCCAACCUCCUCUCUCCCAUCAGCCCCGGUGGCAUUCCCUCCUCUUGGCCUCCCCUUGGCCACCACACCAAACCCUCCUGCCCCUGCCUCCUCCCCCGCCACAUCUCCAGCCUCCUCAUCCGGCUUCUCCUUCUCCAUGCCCCCCUCCUCUUCCAUUGCUUCCCCCGCCUUCUCUCUGGGGGGCUCUACGGCCUUCAGCACGGGCCCAGCCUUGGGCACCUCUGCUGGCUUCUCCUUCGCCUCCAAGCCCCCGACAGAGACCCCAGCCACAGCUUCGGCCUUCUCCUUCAGUGCCCCCAAACCUCCAGUGGUGGAAAUGGCUCCAGCCCCCGCUCCGACGCCCACCCCCCAGCGCCUGGCCACCGCCUCCCCCAUCAUGGUGCUCCGAGGCACCCCCGAGCCAGCCACUCCCGCUGUGAAGAUGAACCUCAAUGACAGGUGAGAGGUUGAAAUAAGUACCUGAAUAACUUUGACUGUUCACAUUUAACUUAGAACAGGAAUGGGCAACUGGCGGCCCGCGGACCCCCUUUUGUAGGCCCGCGGACCAAUUUCAACUAAAUUAAAAACUACAUUUUUGUUUGGGGGGGGGGGGCGACUCAGUUAGGGUCUGAACUUACUGUUGAUAGUUAGAAUAAUAGAAUACACAAGGUGCAGUUUCUAAAUUUGGUUGUGCGUAAGCAGUCUUUGUAUUUGGUAUUUUAUUAGGAUCCCCAUUAGCUGUUGCAAAAGCAGCAGCUACUCUUCCUGGGGUCCACACAAAACAUGACAUAAUACAGAACAUUAAUAAACAAGAACAGCUCAAGGACAUUUAUUAUUAUUAUUAUUAAAGGCACACAUAGCCUACAUAACAAUACAUACAGUCGUGGUCAAAAGUUUAGAGAAUGACACAAGUAUUGGUCAUCACAAAGUUCACUGCUUCAGUGUUUUUAGAUUUUUUUGUCAGAUGUUACUAUGGUAUACUGAAGUAUAAUUACAAGCAUUCCAUAAGUGUCAAAGGCUUUUAUUGACAAUUACAUUAAGUUUAUGCAAAGAAUUAAUAUUUGCACAGUGUUGACACUUCUUUUUCAAGACCUCUGCAAUCCGCCCUGGCAUGCUGUCAAUGUCAGUCACAUCCUGACUGAUGGCAGCCCAUUCUUGCAUAAUCAAUGCUUGGAGUUUGUCAGAAGUUAUGGGGUUUUGUUUGUCCACCUGCUUCUAGAGGAUCAACCACAAGUUCUCAAUGGGAUUAAGGUCUGGGGAGUUUCCUGGCCAUGGACCCAAAAUUUCAAUGUCUUGUUCCCCGAGCCACUUAGUUAUAAAUUUUGCCUUAUGGCAAGGUGCUCCAUCAUGCUGGAAAAGGCAUUGGUCGUCACAUUUACAUUUGAGUCAUUUAGCAGACGCUCUCAUCCAGAGCGACUUACAGUUAGUGAGUGCUUAAAUGUAUUUUAUUUUAUUUUUUCAUACUGGAAUCGAACCCACAACCCUGGCGUUGCAAAUGCCAUGCUCUACCAACUGAGCUACAUCCCUGCCGGCCAUUCCCUCCCCCCUCCCUGGACGAGGCUGGGCCAAUUGUGCGCCGCCCCAUGGGUCUCCCGGUCACGGCCGGCUACGACAGAGCCUGGAUUCGAACCAGGAUCUCUAGUAGCACAGCUAGCACUGCGAUGCAGUGCCUUAGACCACUGCGCCACUCGGGAGAUGCAACCCCACACAUGAAUGGUCUCAGGAUGCUUUACUGUUGGCAUGACACAGGACUGAUGGUAGCGCUCACCUUGUCUUCUCCGGACAAGGUGUUUUCCAGAUGCCCCAAACAAUCGGAAAGGGGAUUCAUCAGAGAAAAUGACUUUACCCCAGUCCUCAGCAGUCCAAUCCCUGUACCUUUUUCAGAAUAUCAGUCUGUCCCUGAUGUUUUUCCUGGAGAGAAGUGGCUUCUUUGCUGCUCUUCUUGACACCAGGCCAUCCUCCAAAAGUCUUCGCCUCACUGUGCGUGCAGAUGCACUCACAUCUGCCUGCUGCCAUUCCUGAGCCAGCUCUGCACUGGUGGUAUUCCGAUCCCACAGCUGAAUCAACUUUAGGAGACGGUCCUGGCGCUUGCUGGACUUUCUUGGGCGCCCUGACGCCGCCUUCACAACAAUUUAACCUCUCUCCUUGAAGUUCUUGAUGAUCCGAUAAAUGGUUGAUUUAGGUGCAAUCUUACUAGCAGCAAUAUCCUUGCCUGUGAAGCCUUUUUUGUGCAAAGCAAUGAUGACGGCACGUGUUUCCUUGCAGGUAACCAUGGUUAACAGAGGAAGAACAAUGAUUUCAAGCACCACCCUCCUUUUAAAGCUUCCAGUCUAUUAUUCUAACUCAAUCAGCAUGACAGAGUGAUCUCCAGCCUUGUCCUCGUCAACACUCUCACCUGUGUUAACGAGAGAAUCACUGACAUGAUGGCAGCUGGUGCUUUUGUGGCAGGGCUGAAAUGCAGUGGAAAUGUUUUUUUGGGGAUUAAGUUCAUUUUCAUGGCAAAGAGGGACUUUGCAAUUAAUUGCGAUUCAUCUGAUCACUCUUCAUGACAUUCUGGAGUAUAUGCAAAUUGCCAUCAUAAAAACUGAGGCAGCAGACUUUGUGAAAAUUAGUAUUUGUGUCAUUCUCAAAACUUUUGACCACGACUGUACACACAAACUAUCUAAGUUGCCGUGAGGUGUUGCUUUAUCUGUUUUUUUUAAACCAGGUUUGCUGUUUAUUUGAUCAAUAUGAGAUGGAACAGAGUUCCAUGCAAUAAUGGCUCUAUAUAAUAUAUACGCUUUCUUGAAUUUGUUCUGGAUUUGGGGACUGAAAAGACCCCUGGUGGCAUGUCUGGUGGGGUAAGUGUGUUUGUAAGUUGACUAUGCAAACAAUUUGGGAUUUUCAACACAUUGUUUCUUAUAAAAAGAAGUGAUGCAGCCUUAACAGUUCUAACAGUCCGUUUCUUAACAGGUGCAUGUUUAUCAAUAAUUGGAAGAAGCAAUUUCAUAAAUUCAUCAAGUGCAUCAUCUGGAUGUGGGUACGCAGACCCACGAGCCACUGCGGCCCCUCAUGAGGAGUUACGUUUUGUGGCCCCCACCCCCAUCAAAGUUGCCCAUCCCUGACUUAGAUGAUUGUUGGCUGGCUUGGCUAGAUAUGUUUGUUUCUGUCCCUCAGAUUCCUGGCAGUGGAGACCCCUGCUGCAGCUUCAGCCUCCCAGCCCUUUUCCUUCAACUCCACCCCCAAAGCUGCCUUCUCUGAGCCCAGCAGCCAGCCCGCUCCACUGCCCAUAGCCACCAAGCCUGCAGCCAUGCCAGGUAAGGAGAAUAAUGAGCUUUGUUUAUACAGCAUAAUUCAUACAGAUGUACAGUGCCUUCAGAAAGUAUUCAUACCCCUUGACUUAUUCCUCAUUUUGUUGUUACAGCCUGAAUUCAAUAUUGAUUAAAUAUAUAAAUAUUUUCACCCAUCCUCCUGAGACCCCGCCCAUUGACUUAUGUCCACUGUUGUGGACAUUUGAGUUUCAUCCCUCUUCUUGGAAUAUUUUGUGCAAGUCUCUUAAUUCCUGCUGUACUGUACAGAGGACAUCCUGGGCUUUUCAGUGAUAUGUCAUUUGAUUGGCUGGGAGGCCGGGAACCGCCUCUAUCUUUCCUUUCAAAAUGGACGGCAAAGGAACAAGCACAUUUUAUGGAAAGAUGAGAGGUAAGUCAAAUAUUGUUUGUCUAUGGUUUUGUUACUAUGAUAAUCAUAUAUUUUCUUGUUCAUGAAGGUGUUAGGAAUCAUAUAUUUAGUUCUGAUAGCAACUAAAUUAUGUAUCUUUUGAAAGAUUUGCCAUUUUAUGAAUGUCAAUUAUAGUGGACAUCAGGACUAUCUUCAUGUAAAUAAUGACUCCACAUUGUCGUAGGAAACAGAACUGAAGCAGAAAGAAUUCUUUACCGAAUAGUCGAGGGAGAUUCAGAUUUGGAGUUGUCAGAUGAUGAGAGAGAUGAGGAUAAGUUUCAACCAGUGAUACAAAACGGUGAUGAAGAAGAGGAAGACAAUGCAGAAGGCUCAGUUGAAGGGACAGAUGCAGACACAGACACAGAUACAGACAGGGAUGAACAGGAAACUCGUCGCCCUCUGUGGGCCAGGAGUAACAUGUAUGUUUGAUGCAGUUCCACAAUUUUAAAUUCAGCUGCAUUGAGUAUUUAAACUGUUAUUACUUUUCAUUUAUUAUUCUUUUUUCCUUCAUAUCAGAUUUGCACCUGUGUUACCUGGGCUUCCUGUGUGUCAAGAUAACCCUACAACACGUGCAGACUGGAGUCCAAUUGAAUACUUUUCACAGUACAUUGACAACAAGGUCUUUGAAGAUUUGGCAACAUACACAAAUCAAAGAGAGCUGCAAAUCAAAGGAGUGUGCAUGAACACCACGCCACAAGAAAUAAAAAUAUUCUUGGGCAUUUCAGUCCACAUGGCCUGCCUUGGCUAUCCCAGAAUUAAAAUGUUUUGGCCCAACAAAACUAAAGUGCCAGUCAUAAGUAGCAAAAUGACUAGGGAUAGAUUCUUCAGGAUAAGAAAUUCCCUCAAGAUUGUCAAUGACCUGGCUGUAACAGAGGAAACAAAGAAGGCAGAUAUUCUUUGGAAAGUCAGGCCAAUACUCGAUCGUGUGCGCCAAGGCUGUCUCAGCCUUGCAAAGCCAGAAAGGGUCUGCAUUGAUGAGCGAAUCAUCCCAUUCACAGUCCGUUGUCCAGUCAGGCAAUAUGUUCCCGGCAAGCCAAACCCUACUGGCCUAAAGGUCUUUGUCCUUGCAUCCCCAAAUGGUCUGAUGCUUGAUUUUGAAGUCUACCAAGGGAAGAAUACCUUUACAGUCCAAAGGUUAGGAGUUGGAGCUGCAGCAGUUCUACGCAUGGUUGAAUCUGUUCCAACAGGAAGCCACAUAUUCUUUGACAGGUACUUCACAACCAUAGAUCUAUUGGAUGCAUUGCUGGCAAAGGGCCUUCCUGCAACUGGAACUAUAAUGAAGAACCGUGUCCCAAAGCUGUGCCAGCUGCCAGUAGACAAACAGUUGAAAAAAGAGGGGAGAGGAACAUCAGUGUCAGUGGCCAGAAAGAGUCCUGAGCUGGCCAUCACAAAAUGGUUCGACAACAAACCAGUGCUCAUGGCAUCCACUGUACAUGGGAAAGACCCAGAAGACAUCUGUACCAGAUGGUCCCAGAAAGAAAAGCACCUGGUCCAGGUUAAAAGACCAGCAGUAAUUAAGCAGUAUAAUGAUAACAUGGGUGGCGUAGAUCUUUGUGAUCGCAUGCUUAGCUUCUAUCGUAUGUCAAGCAGGACCAAGAAGUGGACAUCGCGCGUGAUCAGUCACUUCUUUGAUGUUGCCAUCACCAACUCCUGGAUACAAUACCAGUCUGACAGCAAAGCUCUGCACAGACCAUCCAAGAACACACAUCAGUACCUGGACUUCAAACUACUCCUAGCUGAGGAGCUGUUGGAGAGUCCGGAACUGGAAAACAGCUGUGAAGAGAGUGAGGAUGAGUAUGAGCCACCAUCUAAAAUGAGGAUCCCACAACCAGAGCCAUCUGUGCGCAGACUAGGAGCCAUGCACAUGCCUGAGAUGAUGGAUACCAAGCAUGCAGAAAGAUGCAGAAAUAAGGGCUGCAAGAGCAAGACGUACAUGAGAUGUACCAAAUGCAAGAUGUUCCUCUGCAUUACCAAAAAGAGAAAUUGCUUCCAGGACUUUCACCACUAACAAAGAAAAUACUAAGAACAAAAUGAAGAGUGAAGGAAAAAGCUAGAUUGGAUUCAGUUUGACAGAAGGAAAAAAUCCAAAAUAAAUAUGUUACACAUUAGUUAUAUGUUCAUUGUUCAAAUAACACUGAAAGGAUUCAAGGGGACCAAUCAAAGGAUAUGGACAUAACAAAGUGUUAAGCUUUAAUAGUAAAGCUAUCCUUGCGAAAUGUAAGGAAAAGGAUUCAAGAAUGAUUAAUGUGUAUUGUAUAAACAAAAUGUCUGUAUUCUUGGAUAAUAAUCAAUCUACAGCCCAAAAUGUAUGUAUUCUUAGUUCAUAAAAACUCUGUAAUCUGUAAGAACUCUGUAAAAAUUUGUAUCUACCAAAUGUGUCUCUUUUCGUACUCAAAUGAUCCUGUUGUCCACUACAGUGGACAUGCUGUAAAAUAAAAAAUUUAAAUUAAAAUUUAAAUGUGGAAAUUGUAGGAUGCUUUUUUUAACCCUAAACAGUUAUUGAAUCACAAAAAAUAUGAUUAGGAAAAACAAUAUUUUCCUUGGUUCUCAACACACACGAUUACCCAUAAUGACAAAGUGAAAACAUGUUUUUAGAAAUGUUAGCAAAUGUAUUGAAAAUAAAUCUAAUUUACAUAAGUAUUCACACCCCUGAGUCAACACUUUGUAGAAGCACCUUUGGCGGUGAUUACAGCUUUGAGUCUUCUUGGGUAUGUCUAUCAUAUUUGGAUUUGGGGAAUUUCUCCCAUUCUUCUUUGCAGAUUUUCUCAAGCUCUGUUAAGUUAGAUAGGGAGUGGCAGUGAACAGCAAUCUUCAAGUCUUUCAGCAGAUUUUCAAUGGGAUUCAAGUCUGGACUUUGGCUGGGCCACUCAAGGACUUUCACAUUCUUGUUCUGAAGCCAUUCCAACGUUGCUUCGGCUGUAUGCUUGAGGUCAUUGUCCUGUUGGAACGUAGAUCUUUGCCCCCAGUCUAAGGUCAUUUCCACUCUGUAUUUGGCACCAUUCACUGUUCCCUCUAUCCUUACCACUUUGUCUCCCAGUGCCUGCCGCUGAAAAGCAUACCAAAGCCCGAUGCUGCCACCACCAUGCUUCACGGUAGGGAUGGUGUUAGACGGUUGAUGAGCUGUGGCUGGUUUUCUCCAGAUAUAGCGCUUUGCAUUCAGGCCAAAGAGUUACAUUUUUGUCUCAUCAGACCACAGAAUCUUUUGCCUUACGCUCUGAGUCUUUCACGCGCCUUUUUGCAAACUCCAGGUGUGCUGUCAUGUGCCUUUUUUCUCAGGAGUGGCUUCCGUCCAACCACUCUCCCAUAAAGCCCAGAAUGGUGAAGAGCUGUAGAGACUCUUGUCCUUCUUGCAGGUUCUCCCAUCUCUGCCAAGGAACGCUGUAGUUCUGUCAGAGUGGUCAUUGGGCUCUUGGUCACCUCCUUCUUGCCCGGUUGCUCAGUUUGGUCGGACGGGUAGUUCCAUAUUUUUUAAAUUUCUCAAUGCUAAAGAACACUGUGCUCUUGGAAACGUUCAACCCUCUAGAAAUUGUUUUAUACCCUUCCCCAGAUAUAUGCCUCAUUGCAGUUCUGUCUCUGAGAUCUACGCACAGUUCCUUGGACUUCAUGGCAUAAUUUCUGCUCUGACAUGCACUGUCAACUGUGGGACCAUAUAUAGACAUGUGUUUCUUUCUAAAUCAUGUCCAAACAUUUGAAUUGGCCACAGGUGGACUCCAAUCAAGUUGUAGUGACUUCUCAAGGAUGAUUAAAGGAAAUUGGAUGCCCCUGAGCUCAAUUUGGAGUGGCAUAGCAAAGGGGUGUGAAUACCCUAUGUAAAUUAGAUAAUUCUGUAUUUCAUUUUCAAUACAUUUGGUUUAAAAAUAUUUAACAUGUUUUCACUUUGUCAUUAUGGGGUAUUGUGUGUGGUGGGUGACAGUAAAACAUUCAUUUUAAUCUAUUUUGAAUUCAGGCUGUAACACAACAGAAUGUGGGGAAAGGUCAAGGGGUAUGAAUAAUUUCUGAAGGCACUGUAUAUGAACGUGCUUGGAUAAAACAAUAGCACACCAUUUUAUUUUAUUUUUCCAACACUAGCAUCUUUGUUGUUUGGUUUGUGAUAUCGUUGGUAUCCAUUCUGUCUCAGGCCCAGUCCAAACCAGUACACCCCCCACGGUUGUACAGAAACCUGCCCCAGCCACCCAGACAAGGGCACCCACUCCACAGGUACUAAAACAUAAUCUGCCUUCUGAAAUAAAUAAGAUAUUAGACCAACAAUCAAUUUAUUGUAGUACUGGUCAUAAUAGUAGAGACAAUAUCUGUCUGUUUGCCGUCCUCUAGGCAGUGCUGAGUGUGAAGGCCCUGGAAAGGCAGCUGCAGCAGAGGAAGGACUCAGACCCAGUCAUGGCCGGAAUACUGGAGGAGGUAACAGAUUAAUCCAAUAGUCUUUCUCUCAAACUACUGCUACUUAAUUACUUUUGUAUUUUAUUAUGAAUGCAAUUUAUGAUCAUAACAAAAAACAUUCAGUGUAGUUAACCCACAAAGGAAUCGAACCCAGCACCAUGCGCAAACCAACUUACACUAAAUGGGUCUUGCUAUAAAUAAUGGGGCCAAUGUGUGACAUUGGGAUAAACAUUUCAAAAUGGUUUGAAACAAAAAUAAAAAUGAUUUUUAUGCAGUUCCACUUGUGUACUUAGAGGAAUAUAAUAUGCAAAUUGGCCCAUAAUUCCACCUAUACAACAACAUAGGCCUAGGACUAUACGUCCUUUAAGCAGGGUUCAUACAGACAUUGGUAGUCAAAUUCAUGGACUUUUAGGGACUUUUUCGAUUUCUUAAUUUACAUUUUCAAGGACCUCAAUGUUAUACAAUUGUAUAAUUCAUAUAAUUGUACAUAUAGGGCCUAAUAUAGAACCCCCCCCCCCCCCCCCCCCGCCUUGACUAAAUACACUGAACAAAAAUAUAAACGCAACAUGCAACAAUUUCAAAGAUUUUACUAAGUUACAGUUCAUAUAAGGAAAUCAGUCAAUUGAAAUAAAUAAAUUAGGCCCUAAUCUAUGGACUGGGAAUAUACAGUGCAUUCGGAAAGUAUUCAGACCCCUUCACUUCUUCCACAUUUUGUUACGUUACAGCCUUAUUCUAAAAUUGAUUAAAUAUAUAUAUUUUUCCAUCAAUCUAUACACAAUACCCCAUAAUGACGAAGCAAAAACCGUUUUUUGAAAUAUUUGCAGAUGAAUAAAAAAACGGAAAUAUGACAUUUACAUAAGUAUUCAGACCCUUUACUCAGUACUUUGUUGAAGCACCAUUGGCAGCGAUUACAGCACACCUAUAUUUGGGGAGUUUCACCCAUUCUUCUCUGCAGAUCCUCUCAAGCUCUGACAGGUUGGAUGGGGAGCGUUGCUGCACAGCUCUUUUCAGGUCUCUCCAGAGAUGUCCGAUCGGGUUCAAGUCCGGGCUCUGGCUGGGCCACUCAAGGACAUUCAGAGACUUGUCCCAAAGCCACUCCUGUGUUGUCUUGGCUGUGUACUUAUGGUCAUUGUCCUGUUGGAAGGUGAACCUUCGCCCCAGUCUGAGAUCUCUCUGUACUUUGCUCUGUUCAUCUUUCCCUCAACCCUGACUAGUCUCCCAGCCCCUGCCGCUGAAAAACAUUGCCACAGCAUGAUGCUGCCACCACAAUGUUUCACCGUAGGGAUGGUGCCAGGUUUCCUCCAGAAGUGACGCUUGGCAUUCAGGUCAAAUAGUUCAUUCUUGGUUUCAUCAGACCAGAGAAUCUUGUUUCUCAUGGUCUGAGAGUCCUUCAGGUGCCUUUUGGCAAACUCCAAGCAGGCUGUCAUUUUUUUUAUUUAUUUUUUUUAUUUUUUAUUUUCACCUUUAUUUAACCAGGUAAGCCAGUUGAGAACAGGUUCUCAUUUACAACUGCGACCUGGCCAAGAUAAAGCAAAGCAGUGCAAUAAAAACAACACAGAGUUACAUAUGGGGUAAAAAACAUAAAGUCAAAAAUACAACAGAAAAUAUAUAUUCAGUGUGUGCAAAUGUAGCAAGUUAUGGAGGUAAGGCAAUAAAUAGGCUAUAGUGCAAAAUAAUUACAAUAGUAUUAACACUGGAAUGCUAGAUGUGCAAGAGAUUAUGUGCAAAUAGAGAUACUGGGGUGCAAAAGAGCAAAAUAAAUAACAAUAUAGGGAUGAGGUAGUUGGGUGGGCUAAUUUCAGAUGGGCUGUGUACAGGUGCAGUGAUCGGUAAGGUGCUCUGACAACUGAUGCUUAAAGUUAUUGAGGGAGAUAAGAGUCUCCAGCUUCAGAGAUUUUUGCAAUUCGUUCCAGUCAUUGGCAGCAGAGAACUGGAAGGAAUGGCGGCCAAAGGAGGUGUUGGCUUUGGGAAUGACCAGUGAGAUAUACCUGCUGGAGCGCAGACUACGGGUGGGUGCUGCUAUGGUGACCAAUGAGCUAAGAUAAGGCGGGGAUUUGCCUAGCAGCGAUUUAUAGAUGGCCUGGAGCCAGUGGGUUUGACGACGAACAUGUAGUGAGGACCAGCCAACAAGAGCGUACAGGUCACAGUGGUGGGUAGUGUAUGGGGCUUUGGAGACAAAACGGAUGGCACUGUGAUAGACUACAUCCAAUUUGCUGAGUAGAGUGUUGGAGGCUAUUUUGUAAAUGACAUCGCCGAAGUCAAGGAUCGGUAGGAUAGUCAGUUUUACGAGGGCAUGUUUGGCAGCAUGAGUGAAGGAGGCUUUGUUGCGAAAUAGGAAACCGAUUCUAGAUUUCACUUUGGAUUGGAGAUUCUUAAUGUGAGUCUGGAAGGAGAGUUUACAGUCUAACCAGACACCUAGAUAUUUGUAGUUGUCCACAUACUCUAGGUCAGACCCGUCGAGAGUGGUGAUUCUAGUCGGGUGGGCGGGUGCCAGCAGCGUUCGAUUGAAAAGCAUGCAUUUAGUUUUACUAGUGUUUAAGAGCAGUUGGAGGCUACUGAAGGAGUGUUGUAUGGCAUUGAAGCUCGUUUGGAGGUUUGUUAACACAGUGUCCAAUGAAGGGCCAGAUGUAUACAAAAUGGUGUCGUCUGCGUAGAGGUGGAUCUGAGAGUCACCAGCAGCAAGAGCGACAUCAUUGAUAUACACGGAGAAAAGUGUCGGCCCAAGAAUUGAACCCUGUGGCACCCCCAUAGAGACUGCCAUAGGUCCAGACAACAGGCCCUCCGAUUUGACACACUGAACUCUAUCUGAGAAGUAGUUGGUGAACCAGGCGAGGCAGUCAUUUGAGAAACCAAGGCUAUUUAGUCUGCCAAUAAGAAUGCGGUGGUUGACAGAGUCGAAAGCCUUGGCCAGGUCGAUGAAGACGGCUGCAUAGUACUGUCUAUUAUCAAUCGCGGUUAUAAUAUCGUUUAGGACCUUGAGCGUGGCUGAAGUGCACCCAUGACCAGCUCGGAAACCGGAUUGCAUAGCGGAGAAGGUACGGUGGUAUUCGAAAUGGUCGGUGAUCUGUUUGUUAACUUGGCUUUCAAAUACCUUCGAAAGGCAGGGCAGGAUGGAUAUAGGUCUGUAGCAGUUUGGAUCUAGAGUGUCACCCCCUUUGAAGAGGUGGAUGACCGCGGCAGCUUUCCAAUCUCUGGGGAUCUCAGACGUUAUGAAAGAGAGGUUGAACAGACUAGUAAUAGGGGUUGCGACAAUUUCGGCGGCUAGUUUUAGAAAGAAAGGGUCCAGAUUGUCUAGCCCAGCUGAUUUGUAGGGGUCCAGAUUUUGCAGCGCUUUCAAAACAUCAGCUGUCUGAAUUUGUGUGAAGGAGAAGCGGGGGGGGGCAUGGGCAAGUUGCAGCAGAGGGUGCAGAGUUUGUGGCCGGGGUAGUGGUAGCCAGAUGGAAAGCAUGGCCAGCUGUAGCAAAAUGCUUGUUGAAAUUCUCGAUUAUUGUAGAUUUAUCGGUGGUGAUAGUGUUUCCUAGCCUCAGUGCAGUGGGCAGCUGGGAGGAAGUGCUCUUAUUCUCCAUGGACUUUACAGUGUCCCAAAACUUAAUUUUGUGUGCCUUUUACUGUUCUGUUUGGCCACUCUACCAUAAAGGCCUGAUUGGUGGAGUGCUGCAGAUAUGGUUGUCCUUCUGGAAGGUUCUCCCAUCUCCACAGAGGAACUCUGGAGCUCUGUCAGAGUGACCAUCAGGUUCUUGGUCACCUCCCUGAGCAAGGCCCUUCUCCCCUGAUUGCUCAGUUUGGCUGGGCGGCCAGCUCUAGGAAGAGUCUUGGUGGUUCCAAACGUCUUCUAUUUAAGAAUGAUGGGAGCCACUGUGUUCUUGGGGACCUUCAAUGCUGCAGAAAUGUUUUGGUACCCUUCUCCAGAUAUGUGCCUCGACACAAUCCUGUCGCGGAGCUCUAUGGACAAUUCCUUUGACCUCAUGGCUUGGUUUUUGCUCUGAUAUGCGCUGUCAACUGUGGGACCAUAGCAAAGGUUCUGAAUACUUAUGUUAAUAAGGUAUUUGUUCAUUUUUUAUAAAUUUGCAAAAAUGUCUCAACCUGUUUUCACUUUGUCAUUAUGGGGUAUUGUGUGUAGAUUGAGGAUUUUUUAUUUAUUUAAUCCAUUUUAGAAUAAGGCUGUAAUGUAACAAAAUGUGGAAAAAAGGAAGAGUUCUGAAUACUGUCCGACUGCACUGUAGAUAUGCAUCUGUUGGUCAAAGACACCUUAAAAAAAAAAAAAGUAGGGGCGUGGAUCAGAAAACCAGUCAAUAUCAGGUGUGACCACCAUUUGCUUCAUGCAGCGCGAUACAUCUUCUAAUAGAGUUUAUUUGCCGGUUGAUUGUGCCCUGUGGAAUGUUGUCCAACUCCUCUUCAAUGGCUGUACUAAGUUGCUGGAUAUUGUCGGGAACUGGAACACGUUGUCGUACACGUCGAUCCAGAGCAUCCCAAACAUAGGAGGACGCAUAUGAGCUUCCCUGAGAUGGUCUCUGACAGUUUGUGCAGAAAUUCUUCGGUUGUGCAAACCCACAGUUUCAUCAGUUGUCCGGGUGGCUGGUCUCAGACGAUCCCGCAGGUGAAGAAGCUAGAUGUGUAAUCAGCUUCUUGAUAUGCCACACCUGUCAGGUGGAUGGAUUAUCUUGGCAAAUUAGAAAUGGUGACUAACAGGAAUGUAAACAAAUUUGUGUAAAUAUUUGGAAAUAAAUAAACUUUUUGUGCGUAUGGAAGAUUUCUGGGAUCUUUUAUUUCAGCUAAUGAAAAAUGGAAGCAACGCUAUACAGUUGAAGUCUGAAGUUUACAUACACCUUAGCCAAAUACAUUUAAACUCAGUUUUUCACAAUUCCUGACAUUUAAUCCUAGUAAAAAAAAAACUGUUUUAGGUCAGUUAGGAUCACCACUUUAUUUUAAGAAUGUGAAAUGUCAGAAUAAUAGUAGAGUGAUUUAUUUCAGCUUUUAUUUCUUUCAUCACAUUCCCAGUGGGUCAGAAGUUUACAUGCACUCAAUUAGUAUUUGGUAGAAUUGCCUUUAAAUUGUUUAACUUGGGUCAAACGUUUCGGGUAGCCUUCCACAAGCUUCACACAUUUAGUUGGGUGAAUUUUGACCCAUUUCUCCUGACAGAGCUGGUGUAACUGAGUCAGGUUUGUAGGCCUCCUUGCUCGCACACAUUCUGCCCACACAUUUUCUAUAGGAUUGCGGUCAGGGCUUUGUGAUGGCCACUCCAAUACCUUGACUUUGUUGUCCUUAAAGCAUUUUGCCGCAACUUUGGAAGUAUGCUUGGGGUCAUUGUCCAUUUGGAAGACCCAUUUGCGACCAAGCUUUAACUUUCUGACUGAUGUCUUGAGAUGUUGCUUCAAUAUAUCCACAUCAUUUUCCUUCCUCAUGAUGCCAUCUAUUUUGUGAAGUGCACCAGUCCCUCCUGCAGCAAAGAACUCCCACAGCAUGAUGCUGCCACCCCCGUGCUUCACGGUUGGGAUUGUGUUCUUCGGCUUGCAAGCCACCCCCCUUUUCCUCCAAACAUAACGAUGGUCAUUAUGGCCAAACAUUUCUAUUUUUGGUUCAUCAGACCAGAGGACAUUUCUCCAAAAAGUACGAUAUUUGUCCCCAUGUGCAGUUGCAAACCGUGGUCUGGCUUUUUUAUGGUGGUUUUGGAGCAGUGGCUUCUUCCUUGCUGAGCGGCCUUUCAGGUUAUGUCGAUAUAGGACUUGUUUUACUGUGGAUAUAGAUACUUUUGUACCUGUUUCCUCCAGCAUCUUUACAAGGUCAUUUGCUGUUUUACUGGGAUUGAUGUGCACUUUUCGCACCAAGUACGUUCAUCUCUAGGAGACAGAACGCGUCUCCUUCCUGAGCGGUAUGACAGCUGCGUGGUCCUAUGGUGUUUAUACUUGCAUACUAUUGUUUGUACAGAUGAAUGUGGUACCUUCAGGCGUCUGGAAAUUGCUCCCAAGGAUGAACCAGACUUGUGGAGGUCUACAAUUUUUUUUCUGAGGUCUUGGCUGAUUUCUUUUGAUUUUCCCAUGAUGUCAACCAAAGAGGCACUGAGGUUGAAGGUAGGCCUUGAAAUACAUCUACAGGUACACCUCCAAUUCACUCAAAUGAUGUCAAUUAGCCUAUCAGAAGCUUCUAAAGCCAUGACAUCAUUUUCUGGAAUUUUCCAAGCUGUUCAAAGGCACAGUCAAUUUAGUGUAUGUAAACGUCUGACCCACUGGAAUUGUGAUACAGUGAAAUAAUCUGUCUGUAAACAAUUGUUGGAAAAACUACUUGUGUCAUGCACAAAGUCGAUGUCCUGUCCGACUUGCCAAAACUAUAGUUUGCUAACAAGAAAUGUGUGUUGUGGUUGAAAAACAAGUUUUAAUGACUCCAACCUAAGUGUAUGUAAACUUCCGACUUCAACUGUACAUGUUGCGUUUUUAUAUUUUAGUUCAGUGUAAAUUGGAUGCAUGCCGAUUUUUCUGUAUCUUAUGUGUCCGACACAGGCUCACAUAAUAAAGCCAUGAAUAGUCGUAGCUUGAAUCUCACCAUUGCUGUUUUUAUCAUGAGAAAGCAACCAAAAAACAGGUCCCUUUUUAUAAUGGAAGGAUUUGUAUGGAAAGCCAAGUUGAAGCCAGCAUUAGAUGUUGUCGUCCUCAUAAUAACCGCACAUGGUUUUACUGCAACAGAGUAGCGCAAAAGCCUUCAAUUGAAGUGGCGUGAAACAAACGAAAGUGGCCACAUCUCUCACAAAAACUGAUCAAAAAUUAAAGUAAGGAUAAUUAUAACGGAGCAGGAGAAUUUAUACAUUGGCUACAGUAAUUACAAUGACUUUUCAAUCACCAAUCUGAGGAAAUGCCUGAUUUUCAAGCAAGCCUAUACCAGUACUUGAAUUUCUGAGAUCCAAAUUCAAGUAGGCUAAUUCAAGCACCUUGUAUUGUUUUUAAAAUUACAGGUGUAACAUGGAAACCAAAAUGUAUUUCAUGUUAUUUCAUUAACAGAUCAUAUUGUGAAUAAACCCACUAGGCUAUGUAAUUUGUUGUCUUUAUAUCCAGAAUAAUUAAGCGUUGUGUGUUGCGCACUAGUCUAUCCUACACAAUUGCGCACAGUACAGUCGUGGUCAAAAGUUUUGAGGAUGACACAGGUAUUGGUCUUCACAGAGUUAGCUGCUUUAGUGUUUUUAGAUAUAUUUGUCAGAUGUUACUAUGGUAUACUGAUGUAUAAUUACAAGCAUUCCAUAAAUGUCAAAGGAUUUUAUUGACAAUUACAUUAAGUUUAUGCAAAGAGUCAAUAUUUGCAUUGUUGACCCUUCUUUUUCAAGACCGCUGCAAUCCGCCCUGGCAUGCUGUCAAUUAACUUCUGGGCCACAUCCUGACUGAUGGCAGCCCAUUCUUGCAUAAUCAAUGCUUGGAGUUUGUCAGAAUUUGUGGGUUUUUGUUUGUCCACCCGUCUCUUGAGGAUUGACCACAAGUUCUCAAUGGGAUUAAGGUCUGGGGAGUUUCCUGGCCAUGGACCCAAAAUGUCGAUGUUCUGUUCCCCGAGCCACUUAGUUAUCACUUUUGCCUUAUGGCAAGGUGCUCCAUCAUGCUGGAAAAGGCAUUGUUCAUCACCAAACUGUUUUUGGAUGGUUGGGAGAAGUUGCUCUCGGAGGAUGUGUUGGUACCAUUCUUUAUUCAUGGCUGUGUUCUUAGGCUAAACUGUGAGUGAGCCCACUCCCUUGGCUUAGAAGCAACCCCACACAUGAAUGGUCUCAGGAUGCUUUACUGUUGGCAUGACACAGGACUGAUGGUAGCGCUCACCUUGUCUUUUCCGGACAAUAUUUUUUCUGGAUGCCCCAAACAAUCGGAAAGGGGAUUCAUCAGAGUAAAUGACUUUACCCCAGUCCUCAGCAGUCCAAUCCUUGUACCUUUUUCAGAAUAUCAGUCUGUCCCUGAUGUUUUUCCUGGAGAGAAGUGGCUUCCUUGCUGCCCUUCUUGACACCAGGCCAUCCUCAAAGUCUUUGCCUCACUGUGCGUGCAGAUGCACUCACACCUGCCUGCUGCCAUUCCUGAGCCAGCUCUGCACUGGUGCUGCCCCGAUCCCGCAGCUGAAUCAACUUUAGGAGACGGUCCUGGCGCUUGCUGGACUUUCUUGGGCGCCCUGACGCCUUCUUCACAACAAUUGAACCUCUCUCCUUGAAGUUCUUGAUGAUCUGAUAAAUAGUUGAUUUAGGUGCAAUCUUACUAGCAGCAAUAUCCUUGCCUGUGAAGCCCUUUUUGUGCAAAGCAAUGAUGACGGCACGUGUUUCCUUGCAGGUAACCAUGGUUAACAGAGGAAGAACAAUGAUUUCAAGCACCACCCUCCUUUUAAAGCUUCCAGUCUGUUAUUCUAACUCAAUCAGCAUGACAGAUUGAUCUCCAGCCUUGUCCUCGUCAACACUCUCACCUGUGUUAAUGAGAGAAUCACUGACAUGAUGGCAGCUGGUGCUUUUGUGGCAGGGCUGAAAUGCAGUGGAAAUGUUUUUUGGGGAUUAAGUUCAUUUUCAUGGCAGAGAGGGACUUUGCAAUUAAUUGCAAUUCAUCUGAUCACUCUUCAUAACAUUCUGGAGUAUAUGCAAAUUGCCAUCAUAAAAACUGAGGCAGCAGACUUUGUGAAAAUUAAUAUUUGUGUCAUUCUCAAAACUUUUGACCACGACUGUAGACUGUGUCCAUUCCAAGGCACAAAAACACAUGAAAACAUGAACUCAUUACCUUAAUGCUUUCUCUGUUAAGUCUAACGAGACCCUGCUGUAAAUAAAGCAGACAACAACAGAUGCUCAAAAUCAAUUCGCUAGGGAUAUUAGAUCCAACGUGGAUCCAGGCACAACAGUGUAAUGAAUGAGACACCAAAAUAGUCUGGACAUUCCUCUCUAACACCUUUUUUCCAGUACUUUGGCUGUUGCAUUGCAUGCGCUGUCACAACAGCUGUUCGUCACUUGACUAUCAUUAAGAAAAUUCCUUCCUGGAUAAGAUGAUGAUGUGUGAAAAUAGCUCAACCGAAUGCGCAUCCAACAAGUAGUAUGCAUAAUUAUUGAAGAACCAUGUUCAUGACAGUAUUGAUUUAGGUUUUAAGUAUGAAGGUAAGGUGACUCCCGUUUAGAACCAUUCGAUUUUGCAGUUGCAUAAAGUUCAAUGUCUAAUUUAACUGAUUAAUGCUUAAUAUAGGAUAAACGACAACUUACACUGCCGUAAUUGCAAGGACCGAAAAGUAAUGUUUUAUGUCACACGAUUUUAGACAAAUCCGUCAAGACACCAAACAUGAGAAAGAGUUAAACAUAGGUUUUCAAUCAACUCGCGAAUGUUAUUGAAUUAUAUCUUUAAUGUAAUGAAUUUUUUUUUUAAUGGCAGAUUAUCAACAGCUGUAACAAGUUGUCCAGUGCAGGAAAUCCUCACUGGUGCCCUAGUUUAUAGAAAGACCUUUAUGGUUCAUCAUGGUAGCUUCAUGCUGGUUGUGUUCCUCUCAGAUUGCCCACUUUCAGAAGGAGUUGGAUGACCUGAAGGCACGUAGCAACAAGGCAGACUUCAGAGUGGGCACCACAGGGGAGAUGAGGGAGCUGAGGAAGGAGUCUGAGGACCUCCACGUCUUCACCCUGGAGAUCAAAGACACCACUGAGGUACAGUACGGACUUAAUUUCAUUUGAUUAGGUGUUAUUAUUUCAGAGAAGGCCAGCAUGAAUAUGAAUAUGAAGCUCUGUGUAGUUGCCAUUGUUAAUUCAUGUACCCAGUUGUCAAAUUCAAAGUAAGAAAGUAAUCCGUUGCUUUCAUGUGGCCCAUGAACUCACACCCCUUGGUUUUGCCAGCUUUAUGACAACAAAAUUAGCCAUCUCAACUACAGUACAACCACCUAGACCUCAUAGGCUCUUACCAUGUGUAUGUGUGCUUGUUCUCCCCAGUCUCUCCAUGUGGACAUCAGCACUCUGAAGACCACCAUGUUGGAGGGCUUUGCCGGGGCAGAGGACGCCAAAGCCCAGAGUGAGCUCAACAGAGACCGGGGCUACCUGCAGCUGCUCUUCAAGAAACCACUAGACCCACGCAGUGAAGACCAACUCAAGGUAAGCCUCUGGAUAGAUAAGGGAUGGAUGGUUGGAUGUGUCAGAGGAAGGCCCUCAAAAUUGUCAAAGACUCCAGCCACCCUAGUCAUAGACUGUUCUCUCUGCUACCGCACGGCAAGCGGUACCGGAGUGCCAAGUCUAGGUCCAAAAGACUUCUCAACAGCUUCUACCCCCAAGCCAUAAGACUCCUGAACAGCUAAUCAUGGCUACCCGGAAUAUUUGCACUGCCCCCCCACCCUUUUUACGCUGCUGCUACUCUGUUAAGUAUUUAUGCAUAGUCACUUUAACUCUACCCACAUGUACAUAUUACCUCAACUACCUCAACUAGCCGGUGCCCCCGCACAUUGACUAUGCAACGGUACCCCCCUGUAUAUAUAGCCUCCCUACUGUCACUUUAUUUUACUGUAUAUAUAGCCUCCCUACUGUCACUUUAUUUUACUUCUGCUCUUUUUUUUCUCAACACUUUUUUGUUGUUGUUUUAUUCUUACUUUUUUUGUUUAAAAUAAAUGCACUGUUGGUUAAGGGCUGUAAGUAAGCAUUUCACUGUAAUGUCUGCACCUGUUGUAUUCGGCGCAUGUGACCAAUAAAAUUUGAUUUGAUUUUGAUUUGAUAUGGAACUUCUAUCAUUCCUCAGGUUGGAUGUGGUAGAAAUGGCAAUAGCAGAACACUAUUGAAAAAAAAUAUCACAGUACAGAAUACUUUUUGUUAGACAGUCAUUUCCUUUGGGGUUUUCUCCCCAUAACCAGGAGAUCCGCAGGCUGUACCAGUAUGUAAAGUUUGCUGUGGAGGAUGUGAGCGACGUGUUGGACCUGGAGUGGGAGAAACAUCUGGAGAAGAAGAAGAAACAGAAGUGAGGGAGAAUUCUCUUUUACUUCCUAUGUUAAUUUCCAAUUGUCAUUGUAUGUUUCCUUUCUAACCAGUUCCCUCUGUGGUACUCCUCUGUCUCUCCCAGACACAUGAUUGUCCCAGAGAGGGAGGCUCUGUUCACAGCCCUGGCCAACAACCUGGACAUCAUCAACCAGCAGAAACAGAGGCUGGACACAAUGGUCAAAGACCUCCAUGCCCUGCGCCUCUACAACAAGACUGCAGCCUGGAGCACUCCUGCCCCCAGCCAGCCUGCUGUUACCACCCCCACUGAACAGGGGUAUGUACAAAGGUGUAUACCUGAAAUACAAUGGCCAUAUGUUGCAGCAUGAGGAUGUGUUUAGAGUCCGUUUGUUUUUUUAUGUCAACAUUUUCACUGGGGCAUGUGUGUGUUGCAAAGAAUUAAGUGUAGUGGUUUAGAAAUCAAUGAUCACAUGAAUUACCUCUGUGUUUACUAGUUUGGACAAUGAGCUGGAGAGUUUGAGGGAUGCACUCCUGAAAGCCAGUCUGGAGACCAUUCCCAAGAGCACCUCGAAAUCUACAGGCAAAAUACUUACAUUUUCCAACACGUGUCUCACUGUGUUAACUAUUGUGCUUGAGUGAUGUAAAUGUAAUAUGACUCCUUCAACUUCUGCAGCCAAGAUGUCUCCAGUGAAGCAGUCUCAGCUGCGUAACUUCCUCUCCAAGAGGCAGACACCACCAGUCCGCUCCACCGCUCCAGGUAUUCCCAACACCAACACACAAAUCACAGUGACCAGUGCUGAGCAGUGAGGUAUAAGUAAUGUGUGGAGUUUACCCCUCCUGAAUGUCAUCCAUCUUUUCCCCCAGCCAACCUGUCCCGCUCGGCCUUCCUCUCUCCCAAAUACUACGAGGACUUGGACGAUGUGAGCUCCACCUCCUCCCUGUCUCAGGCCCUGGACCCCGACUACUCCCACUAUUUUGCAGAGGAAGAGCCCGAGCCUGCCCCCCUCCCCGUGCUCCCCACCUCUAUGCCCCGCCACCACACGGUGGUACGCACCCCCUCCAUAGCCCCAGGGUUUGGGGCCAUCCAGUCCACUCCCUUCAGCAAGGUGCACCAGGGCCUUGGCCUCAGCCCCAUCAUGAGCCCAGGUAGGAAACUAUUGAGUUUAUUUUACCUUUAUUUAACCAGGUUGGUCAGAGAACAACAGGUAAUACAACUUUGCUGUUGUGUAGUAGUAUGUCGUUUUUAUUGUAUGUUUUAUCCUCUAGUAUCAACCAUCAGGACAGAGAGAGCCAUAUGGCAAAGUGCUGUACUAUGUGGUGUUAAGAGAGCUAGUCUGUAGUACAGUAAAUUCUUCUCUAGUUCCAACCGAUAAGAUCAACAUGGGAGGUGCCGACAGCACGGCACUAGCCACUAAGACGGUGAAGCACGGAGCCCCGCCUACUGAGAAGCCCACACCGGUUCCCCUUCCUGCCCAACAGGCUGCUGCUAAAGCCGCUUUCCUCAGGCAAAUGGCCAAUCAGAAAACAGGUAGGUGGGGCAUGGCCUCAGAGGUUGCAAUUAAUGGGAAAUAUAUUGUUUUUCUGUCACUGUAACAACAUACAACGUUGCCUUGAGACCUAGUAUAAAAUCUAUUGACGUCUUUCAUUUUCUGCUCUGCAAAGGACAUGGGUUGAGGGAUCUGUUUCUGUGUUGUGUGACCAUGUUAGGCUAUGUUACCUUAGCAGUAUAACUUUCUAGUUUUAAAAAUGAACAAGCUAGGAAGAAACUUUCAUUGUUAAUCUCACUACAUUUAAAACAGUUUGAAAACACUCAUAUUAAGAGACGGGUAGAGCUUCUAUUCUGCUCACUGUCUGUUGACAUUGAUAUUUACUUUUCAAAGUGAUGUUUAGACUCCAGGGGGAGACAAAGACCUCAGGAUCAGAGGUGAACUGACAGCCUCGUGACUUUUCUAUGCUGAAUGAUGGUUGACAAUAGUUUAAUCAAUAAAUUCAAUUAUUACAUUCAAUUAUUUAAACAGUACUUUUAAACAAUUGAGACUAUUCAUCUGAAAAUAGUAUGCAUCAGUCUGUUGGUAACCCAAAAUAACAUGACCGGUUUAAUUUGAAUUGAUUUUGAAUUCACUUGUUAUAUUGGGGAACGAAAAAGUUAGAUAAUUUUUACACACAGAAGUGACAAAAUAGGUGCAUCUGGUUGUCCCGAUGUCAGUUUUAAUGACAAAUUGUCAUUGACGUUUCUUCUCUGUGGUCAACCAGCAGUCAGUGGCUCUCUGACAGAGUCCACCCUGAAGACUGUUCCCCAUGUGGUCAACGUUCAGGAGCUCAAUGACAAAGGACCGCCCCCGCCUGUCUCCACUGUGAUCAGGUAAUCCAUCAUCAUCAUCAAUAUUACCAUCCCUCUUCAUCAGGGCAUCACCUGGGGUCUACGUUCAAGAAUGCUAGGCACCUUUUCUGAUUACAAUUCCCAAAACGUAAUAUUUGUAAGUAGAAAGGACAUUUAAAUUAAACCAAAUAUUAUGUAGAUAAGAAAUGUGUAGACAGUGAAUACAUUUGUUGUCCAUCAAAAUGGACUGUCAUUACGAACGGGCUGAGUGGUUCUAAUCUAAUAUCACUACAAUCUAUCUAAUAUCACUACAAUAUUACAAUAGUUGGCUGAUUCCAAUCUGACCAUUACUGUACAAAUAACCUACAGUCCACAUAAAUACUGUACACAGCAGCUUUCUUGUUUGUUUUUGUUUGUCUAAUUUAAAAACGUCUGCUGCAGUGUUAGGGUCUGCUGACAGUGCUGUGGCCCUCAGGGUCUGCCACAGUGACUGUGUCUCUUAAAAAAAAAGAAGUAAACUCACAGAAAUACAAAGUCCCUCUUUGUAGUCUAAUAAGCGUAACGUGUAUAUACUGUAUUUGAGUUUGAACCAUGCAGGGUCUUCUGAUGGCCCAGGCUUUAAAAUGAGAUUACGCUGAAGGCCAGAUUACUCUAUGGUGCAUGGAGGGAGAGCGGGGUGAACGCUAUUUCAGCUUGGCGAGGCACAUUUACAAUGACUCGCUGAUGCAUAAAGAUACAGCCACACACAAAUAAGGUCAAUGGAAAGAACAGGGUGAGCGGGUGUGCUGUACACAGUGACCGUACACACGAUUUACUGCAAUCACAGUACUAGACUGGUGCUGCAUGGAGGGGCUAUGUGUGUGUGUGGGGGAUGGGCACACACGUGGGCAAUGGACCAUGUUAUAAAAUGUGUGUGUGUGUGGGAGUUAGUGUGUUUGAAUGAGUUUACGUCCUGGGGGACAAGGGCCCACUUCAGCACUAGCCUAUGCUAUUUGUGUGUGUGUGUGUGUGUGUGUGUGUGGGGCGCAUACGUCGGUGUACAGUAUGUAUGGUUCCCAACGAUGCAGAGAGAAAUAUUUAAAAAAAUUAUAACACAAGGGAAAAAAUACACAAUAAGUAACGAUAACUUGGUUAUAUACACGGGGUACCAGUACUGAGUCGAUGUGCAGGGAUACGAAGUAAUUGAGGUAGAUAUGUACAUAUACUGUAGGUAGGAAUAAAGUUACUAGGCAACAGGCUAGAUAAUAAACAGUAACAGCAGUGUUAGUGCAAAAACGGUCAAUGCAGAUAGUCCGGGUAGCUAUUUGGUUAACUAUUUGACUAACUAUGUAGCACUAAAUAGUCACUGCCAUUGCUGAUAAAAGUGCUGUUGAUGACAGCUGUGCAUGUCAUGUGUCAAUACCAGUGACUGAAGGGCACCAGGUUGGACAGAUGUUGGCAGCAGGUACAGGCUUGUAUCCCUGUUCCCAUAAAGUGACAGAGGGAGAAUCACCAUCCCCAAUGUCACAGCACAGGCAGACUGGAGGGAGAGGGGACCUUUAAUUGGUACCGUCAGCAGUUUCUGUUUUUGUAAUAAAGUUUAUUGGGGGAAGGGGAAAAGGAAAGUGCAUUUUAUGCUUAAGUGCAGAUAAGAAAUAAACGCACAUGUUCUACUCUUUGUAGAUAAUAUCUGGUAUUUGGGAAUUAAAUUGUUUGACUGCACUAAAUGUCAGUUUAUUCAGAGUACCUUCUUGCUUACAAAUAGAGUUUUGGAUAGUUGUUAGUCUUACAUUUGAGUGUGAAAUGCACAUUACCCAUCAUCCUUAUCUAGGGAGAUCAUCUUUUUCUCUUAGUCUCACCCUGGUCCCUUAUUUUUCACCAUGGCAUCACACUAAAUCACCCAUAGCUAAUAGUCACCCAUAGCAAACGGUCUGAUUACUUCUCAGAAGAGUUAUAUGCAGGAACAGCCAUUUACUAAUCCCAUAUACCCAGCCUUGCCUGUCCUCACUGCAGUAGUGUUGUCAUGCCCCAGCCAUGGUGUGUAACUGGGGACACAGUAUAGAUUAUCAGAGGCACUGCUGCUGCUGCCAGCCAGAUGCCAAGAGCCACUGUGACCUUUCAGUUGGAGUGCCAACUGCCAACAUCCGGACGGAGAAUUGGAUUUGGUGUAUGGGGGAAAACACAGCCGCAGCAGUAUAGGGUUUUCUCUCACACAACCUCUCUCUCUCCUCUGUCUUCUCUGUCCUCCGCUCUCCCAUUCCUUACCUGUCUCUCUCGCUCUCGUUACAUCUGUCAUCUCAUGCCCUUUUACACACACACACAACAUGACUUACUUAAACAUGCCAGUCAUGGUCUUUUGAGCAGAACACCUCAAAGCAUACAGCCAUCUGUAGCAUCCUUCCCUAUCCUUCCUAUUAAGAUUUACUUCAAUUAAUUCAUUUCAUUUUUUCCGUGGGUGGUCUUUUAAUUUCACACUUCAGUGGCUGUGUGAUAGAGUUAUCGUGUGUUAGCAGCAGGAACAUUGCACUGGAGUGGGUGGUCACUGGUGCCUAGCCUGGAUGGCAGUUAUAAAGCCGGCUGAGUUGUAAACCUAGGCUGAUACAUGGUAGUGCUAGUAAAUGUGUCUGUUGGUGCCAGGUUACUCUGUGUGUGUGUGUGUGUGUGCGCGUGUACGUACGUACGUGUGUGUGUGUGUGUGUGUGUGUGUGUUUGACCUCUAGUACCUAGGAAACAGCAGGCAACAGCAGAGCUCUCUCCCAUCUCUCUGAGUUAAUGCAUGGGUAAGGCCUGCAACUUUGAUGGAGAGACACUGAAUAAUUGACAGUGUGUGUGUGUGGCUGACCCAAGGCGGUAGGUCUACACUGCACAGGGGGAGUGGUCAACACACAGGUGCCGUUCACCAAACUGACAUGUUUGUAACUAUGGAAACGUUGUAGCACAGAAAAACCUUGGCCCUGUUCAGAAACAACUCCUAGCCCCCGCAUGUGCAGAUCUGAAAGAAUAAGAUGGGUAUAAGCAAAAUGGAGGAAGUUCCAAUAAAACCAAUUGAAAUGUUUGGUGGAUCCAUCAACAUUUCACUUACACCUUUCCAAUUCCUGCAAUGUGUGGAGCUCUGUUGUGUCUGGUGUUUGAGUAGUUCUAAAAAGUAUACCUUGCUUCACUGUUUGUUGACUAGUACUACUAUAAUGUAGGCUACUACAGUUCCUGCACGGUACUGGCUGAUAGGGAGAACCUGCACUACCUUUAUCUCCCUGGAGGGGGCCCUGUUGUCAAUGGGAUUUCAAUGGUCGUUCUUGGCCUGACUUGGGCAUGCUUUAGUAAGUGCGGGCUCAAGAUGACAGCAUUGGUACCUCACAGUUCAAACUCAUCAACAUCUGAUUAAACCUGUCAGAGGAUCAGCCGUUACUUUACACUACACAUCCUCCUCUGUCUGCUAACUCACUGGCCUUAGCGGCUUACAUCUAUAGCGGAUGAUCUAGGAUCUGUAGCGCUUCCCAUUAGCCUUUUGAUCACCUCUUAUCUAUCAAGCCUGUUCAGUGUGCCUGUUUCUUGUUUUAUUUAGUGCUUAGGCCGUUUCUUCCACACACACAUUCCAAUUGUGUGUGUGUGUAUUGAUCGAUGCGGGCUGCCCAGGGCCCCACGGUGAUGUGGUGCUCAUACUGAUGCAGCACUGAGACGGCCGUGAGGAGAGUUGCUGAUGUGAUCAUCCCCAGCUCUGCCACCCCCUCAACCCGAACUAGCCAUUCUCUCUCACACACACAUACACACACACAACAAGGCCCACCAGACACACACCCACAUUGAAAGAACCACUAAACACACACUUAACCCAAAUAUUAUGCAUCUAUACACAUACAUACUCAGCACCACUACCUACCUCAUAUGAAACACACACUCACUUUACCAAACACACACCUUAGUCUCCACUAGAGAGAAGAUACGCUAUGUCCCAGGCUUAUGUACAGCAGUUCUCUGAUGUGGAGUCAUAGCUUAUUGGAGGUGAGUCCAUCGCAAGAGACGAGAGCCAUCAGCCCUGGUUUGUGUAUGUGGGCCUCAGCCGAGAGAAAUAGACUCCAGCUAGAUGGCUUUAUCAGGUCACUGCCUCCAUCGCAUCUGAUUCACUGCCGGCAGAGGCUAGCAAUCUGAGUGCAUCUCUCCAUCUCUGUCUCGCCAUCCCCCACAGCACUCACUGCCCCAAUCUCCCUCUCUUUUAUCACCCCUCUCUUGUUUUUCUCUCUCACAAACAGCUCCCUCUCUGUCCUGUCUCCCUCCCUCCUCAUCUUUAGUUCUCCCAUGCCUCUCUCCCAAUCGGUCACUGUCUGCCAUGCUUUUUUUCCUUCUCUCUCUCUGCCCUCUCCCAAUAUCUUUGCCUCCCUAUCUCACCAUCUCUCGUUCUCUAACCCUCUGCCCUAUCCCCCGCUCUCCCCCUGUGUCUCUGAGAUGAUGUAGUUGAUAGUCCUCCCUCUCCUCUCUUACUCUCUGCUUGGCCUCGCUCCACUAUUGUGAUGCGGUUGAAUAUUUUGGCAGGACUCUCCCUGGGGCCAUUUUCCAAAUUAGUCCUGCUCACAAUAACGAGUCCACCACAGCCAGACAGUCUGAUAGGGGGCUUAUUUUAGAGAUGUGCUCCCCAGCCAGUCAGUCACUCAGACACAACACUGGGCCUGUAUUGUGUCCAUCCACGCCAGUAUGGUUUUGGUUCAGUUGUCUAUAGUCUGUCUAUGGCGUUUUGUUUUCGGUGUUCUAUUCACUACUGUAGGUAUUGUGCAUGGCCCUGGCUUAUGUCUGGGAUGAGACUACCCUUGGAUUAUGCAGCGUGUUUGCAGAUGGGCCAGUAAAUUAUAGGCUGAUGCAAAGCGCUGAUGCACACACUCACACACCACAAUUAAUCACCUGUAGUGUGAAUGGCUAUCACCCCUCAGUUGUAAAUAUAUGCCUGUCUCCUCAUCACUGACUUGCAUUCAUUAACUUUCGGAAAGCAAUUCCUGAUGAGAUGGAGUGGAGGAGAUGAUGAAUUAGGCUAUAUUUGAAAUGUGAUGUAUGGUUUGAAUCUAACUCGUUGCGCACAGUUAUUUUAUUUCCCUUUUCUCUUUCUCCCUCUCUCAGCUCCUCAGUCCCAGCCCCGGUCGGUCAGGUUGUUCAGCAGGUUUUGGCUACAGUGGCCAACACCAACCAGGCCAAACGAGUGAGUAUCAGCAGCCCCAUCUGGCAUCCUCCCAACUGUCCUAUGAACUGCAUCACGCUCCAUACCUUUAAGCCAGCUGUCUGGGGAUUACUAGCCAGAGGCCUCAUUUUUCCCUGCGCUAAGAAAGUCAAGUUAAAACGUCACCAACUUGCAGUCGGAUCCAACUGAACACGUGUGCAAGAGUUAUUCAGCUACAACCGGAGUCAAAUGGAAGUUCAAUAGAAAGUUGUUUAUUCAUAAAUACUAAGGCGUUUCAUCUGUGCGCUAUCAUUGGCUGAAUAUCUCUCCUACACCCCAUCUCUAAGAACGCAGCAACUCUGUGUAGUUCCUGGAGUUCCAGUGUAGUUGGCUGACCGCUGGGCUGCGUUGUUAUGGGUUAGAGUGCACAGGGCUGUGAAAUGCCCCAGGUUCCUCCCAUGUCCCAGCAGGGGAGUGAUACAAGUGGCGACUGGGUGGGAACUGAUUCAUACAGGGGAACUCUCACACACAUCACACCCCAGUCCGAACCAGGUUCAAGUUUAUGGGAUGACCCAAGCACUCAUGACACAUAGCCUACACACACCGAUACACUCACAGAAAAAACACAGAAUAUAUUAACACUAAAACACUGUUUUGUGAUAAACAGAAUCCAAAGUCUGAGUAGUGAGAUUAACUAAAUUACAUUUUGCUUUGACUUAUGAUAAACAUGAAUGUUGAUUUUUGGGUUCUCUAAAACAACAUGGAUUUUUCGUUUUUUGGGGGGUGUUUUUCGCCUUAUCUUCACCCUCUUACUUUGUUAGUAGUUAUUUUUUAAGCCUUGGCAAAGAGAGACGUUUAAACUGUCCUUCUGUUGUUUUUCUUCUCAGAAUUCUACUCAAGGCGUACUGAAGGUGUCCGCUGAGAGUGUCCGCUCAGCUUCCCCCCAGGGUUUUGUGUUUGGUAAGUACACACUGUAAAGAUUAGAUGUUUUAGAUGCUCAUCACAUCAAAACACGCUGGAAAACACCUUCCACCUAGAGUUGAUGUAUUUUUCCCAGGGUUUUUAAAUACUAGAAAUGUACAAAUUAUCUGGGUGAACCAUUCAUACAUUACAUCCAUUUGAUUAGCUCUUAGUAUAAAAAGGUGUAUUAGAACCCAAUUAUCAUGCUUCAUUUAAUGCCAUCUCCUCCUCUCCCUCUCUAUCCCAGGCGGACCCUCUAAAGCUGAUGCCCCAGUCUCCCUGGCCCUCUCCAGCUCAGCCCCGUCACUGGGGGAGCAGAGCAGCAAAGCCUUCUCCUUCACCACAGCGUGAGUCUCUGUAGUCAGGGGUCAAAGAGGGAAACUUCAUAUCAGACCUUGACUAGAAAACAGGGAAGUUGAAUAAAAGAAAUAGACCAAUGGCUGACUGUGUUUUCUCAUACUAUAUGAUGCUUUUGGACAGGUCUGCCGGGGGCUUCAGUUUCUGCUCUGUGUCCCAAGGAGCUCCACCAGGUACCUCUCUCGCUCAUGUACAGCCAUAUAUGCCACACAUCAUUUUUAUUCGACAGUAAUGUCCGUGCUAUAGUUAGUUGAAUGCUAUAUCAAUGAAGUAAUUAUUAGUAUAUCCAUUAGUCAAAAGCGUUUUAAUGUCUGGCGUAGUUUGUAAAGCUGCUGUCCAUUUCUCUCCCCAGUAAAGGACGUGAGUAAAUUCUCCUUCAGCAGCACUGGCAAGAUGAUGUUCGGCUCCUCUGCCGGGGAGGAACCCUUCUCCUUCACCCCCAAAUCCACCUCCCCCGCCCUGGGGGCCAACGGCUCCCCCACCCCUCUUCCCAGCAUGUCAGGCGAGCCUGUGAGGCCCACCUCCAUCACCCCCACCCUCAGAGUGGAGCCCCAGGCCCCCAAGGUGGUAGGAGGAGAGACCCUGGGGAGUUUCUCAGGUCUACGCGUGGGCCAGGGGGACGAAGAAAAGCCCUCAGCGGCCACGUUUAGCUUUGGGCAGCCGGACAACGGAGGGGGGCUAGGGUUAGCCACGGGGGCAGCCCAGUUUAGUUUUGGGUCGGCCCUCCAGCAAGGGAAGCUAGCCGAGGCUGCGUUUGGCGAGGCGGAUUCUACCCUGACAGACUUAUCCAAGGCUGCAUUUAAGCCUCCCGAACCAGCCGCCAUGUCUGUCAUUAAGCCUGUGUUCUCCACAUCAGCAGCCACCUCCUUCAGCAGCCUCCUAGCGGCACCCCUGUCUUCCCCCUCAACCACCCUGGAGAAGGAGCCCCCCAAAACCCCCACCCCCCCGGCAGACCCCACUCCACCCCCAGAGCCUGCUUCCUCACAGCCUAGCCCCUCCGUCAGCCCCCCUAUCGUUGAACCUGAGGUUACUACAUCCCCAGAGCCCUCAGUUACCCCUACCAUCUAUGAAAAAUCCCCAACGCCCCCAGCUCCCACCUCCGCCUCUACCACCUCUUUCCCCCCUGCCUCCACACCAGCCCAGGCAGCCCCAAGCACCACCCCAGAGCCUGUCCGUGAGACCACGCCUGCCCCUGAGGCCUCACCACCCGCAAUCACCCCCACCCCGGAGGCCCCACCACCAGCCUACCCGGCCCCCAGCUCAGACAAACCUGGCUCCAUCUUCACUCAGCCACCAGCCGUCACCGCAGUUAGCACCACUGUAGCCAUCACCAGUCUCACCCCGGUCAUCAACACUGCUGCCCCCGCCACCACCACCCCUACCAACUCCAACUCCAUAUUCGGGCAGCCCGCUCCAGCCCCAGCGGCUGCUGGUGGCUUUGGUUCCACCGGCUUCAGUGCUUCCCCUGCUGCAGGCGCAGCAGCUGGCUUCGGGAAACCCAUAUUCGGUCAGACAGGCGGGUUCGGCCAGCCUGCUGCUAAUGCAGCCAGUGGCUUCGGUUUUGGCCAGUCUGCAUUCGGGGCCAGCCCGGGAUUUGGACAACCCGCAGCUGCCUCCCCUGCUGCAGUUGCCAGUACCACUGCUAGUGGAGGUGGUCUGUUUGGAGCCCCCAGUGUCAGCAAUGCAAGCAGCUUUUCCUUUGGCACUCCCAGCGCAAGUACGGCCAGCAGUACGUGCACGGGCCUGUUUGGGCAGCCGAGUGCUACCCCGGCCUUCGGGCAGCAGAGUGCUGGGUUUGGACAAGGCUCUGUGUUUGGAAGCAACACCACCACUACAUCCUCCACUGGUUUCAGCUUUGGACAGCCUGCAGGUGAGUGUGUGUGUGUAACACGUGUGUGUGAAAAUCCACUAAUACGAAGUAGCUUUUUGGCCUCCGCAUUCCAUAUCACAAAACUGGGAACUGGUUCAACCCUAGAAUUCAUCACCAAUGUAAUGUAUUUUCUGUUCAAAUAUUUUUUAUUGAACACACACAAGAAUGGUGUAUAGGUAUGAAAGACAUGUGUACAGUUCUUAUCUAAACAUAAGAGAACAGACAUGAACAACAAGACCCAGAGUUCUGGACACAAAACAAAUAUUACAAAACACGACAUACAGAACAGGGACAGGUAGAAAGAAAAAGGGUAGAUGUAACCCCCCCACUUAUACCCCCCUUUAUCCCCCCCUAUUCCACCCUAUUCCUCUCCCGACUGCUCGAGUGUCGGGGCCAGCACACGCUGCCCAAAGGUAGAUUACAAUAUGACAGUUGAGAGUGCGUUAAAAAGUACAAAUUCACAGCACCGACUGGUCCAGGUAAGAGAGGAAAGGCUGCCAGAUUUGAUCAAAUGUUGAUAAUUUAUUGUUCAGAAUAUAUCUAAUUCUUUCUAAGUGUACAGUUUUUGCCAAUUCCAAUGUAAUGUAUUUUCUAAGUGGCAGACAGCUCAGGUACGUGUCUUGUUGGAACAUCUUCCCUCCCUUGGACAACACCAUGACACUGUGAGGUUGUUUUAAGCCAGUCUAGUAUUUACACAGAUGGCCUCUCAAGCUGCCAAUCUAUCUCUCUGACUGGAUUUACAAUCUACUUAGUAAUCAGACAAUACCUUGAAUGCUUAAGGAUUGGAUUACCAGAUUCUAGUUGAUUUUGACAAAUACUCUCCAAAUUUCAUAUUUAGGACUAUAAGACUGCUAUCAUUUUAGCCAUGGUAUGUUCACCUACACAAACACAGCAUAGUUAGGGAAAGAAGCAAUCCUUGACACAUGAUAACAAUCAUGACGAUCCAUAAUAAAUACAAAUAGGGACUCAGUAAACUACUAUGUUGGAGGAAGUUGGCACUAAACACUGGUCUAGGAUCAGUUUUGUUUCACCUGGUACAGAUGUGGUUAGGGUUGGGGAUGGUGGUUAGCUGAUUCCUGAUCUUUACGUAUAGGGGCAAGUUUGUUCUACCUUGACAGUGUAACCCCCAGUAUGAUAAGGUGUUCAGGCUACAUGUUACCAAAUAUUGCAAAACUGCAAAUUACACUACCACCAUAAUGACGAUGACAUAAACCAAGGCCUUGUAAUGUGUUUUGAAGAGAUGAUAUAGUGAACCAUUUUAAUUAAGCAGAAGUGGGCCGUCAAAGUGUGGGUUUGACUGCUAGGGAAUGUAACCCAGGUCAGAGGCUAGUGUGUCCCAGACGGCCCAGCAGCUGGUUGGCCUCUCUGGGUUACUGGAGUCAGUCAGAUGGAGGGGGUGGGAGUGAUGGGAUAUGUGGGGUGGCUUUGGGUUAGAGACGGUUGGGUGGGUAAAAGGAGAGGGUGUGAACUGUGAAUGUUGUCGGUGGUGUAGGCUAAGGAUUGUCAGUGGGUGAGAAAAUCGGGGUGUUGCCCCAUUCCCAGGGAUUCUCUGAAUUCUCCCCCGUGCCAACAGGCUGGGUUGGCCGCAGGGAGAGACAGCUGAUCUGUAUGUGGUACAACUCAGCAGUUUUAGGACCAAGUUCACUGUGUCUGUCCUAUGGCUAAGUGUUCCCACCCAGAUAGGCUAAUUCUGUUUUACCACAGUGUCAGUGUAUCUGUCUGUCCAUAGGUCUGCACUGCAAGUAGUGGAGAUAGACUUCCAUUUCAAAGCCUUGAUGUGAUUACUUUUUCAUUUUAUCUACACAAAGCUCUUAACAUGUAAUCCCCCACAAUGUUUCCGGCUAACUGGACAUAAUAAGAUGUACCUAGAGGAAGUUGUGCCUGACACAAGCAUUAUGUUGAUAUUGUUUGGAGGUAGCAGGGUCACACUGUCUGAAAGUCAUGAGAAUAAAAGGAAAUAUGUUCCUAUUUAUCUGUAGAGGAGGUUGUGAUAGGGGUUAAUUGAACUAGGGUGUGUGUGGUCACUGGUGCGCAUGUGUGUACCACUGUCAGUGCCUUUGUCUGUUUUUACUGUUUAAGCAAGGCAAUAGAUGCAGUGAGGAGAGCAGCCCUGGGUCAGACAGUCAUUUGUCUGCGCUGCAGAGCCUACAGAAGGUUCAACAUGAAUUACAUUACCCUGCAUCAGAGCAGGGCUGGUCAAUGUCACACUUAACAGAGCUUGAUUGAGUAAGACAUAGCCAAAGACAAGACUGUGGAAUCUGUCUUGAAACAGAGGAGUAGGCUUAAUCACCUGACCUUGUCCAAUUAGAAUGCUCAAUUUUGCGGAAAUCAGAGAGACUAUGACUUUGCGCUAUAUCCUUAGGGGUGAUUUUAUAUGAAUUAAUUAGCAGUCACAUUUUGUAGAGAGGCGCUGAGUGAUAUCUAAGGGAGUGUCAAUAGCCAGGGUCAUAGUCUAUUUGUUUCAAAAUUUAUUUUUGUGGGUCUGAGGUGACAGCAGCCUGUAUUCUAUCCACAAUAGCCAACUAGCCACGCCAGUACAGCAACACAUGUCACACUGUAAAUGGCCCUAGCAUUCCUAUUGAGUCUGGAUGUGUUCUUCAUUCCCAUGUAUUAUUUCUGUCCCCUUAAUGGCUGGUGAGUUAUUUCGGUCAGCAUAUUGUCAGUGUAGCUACAAUAUGUGAACUUGCCAACAGACUGUUACGUUUUUAUUUUGGAGCACGUUCACAAACUGUGCCUAUGAACACUCAUUCAUAAAAUUGUUUUCAAUGCCCCAUUGACAUUGACUGUUACUUUAUAGAAAAUGUGUAUACAGAGUCAGAAGCAUUUAUUUUACGCCCCUUACCUGUUAAAAAAACAAAAACACCACACAUGGACUAAUUCAAGCCACACAAAAUGUUGGGGUUGGUGUCUUGAAUUAGUUUAGUCAUUUCAGAGAUGGGUGAGUUCCAUUGGCAAGUUCCGGGCCCAGACUAAAGGCAGUCCCAGCAUUCAUUUGUAGAGCUGUCCCCAUACGCUGAGAAGACAACAUUUUCAUGCUCUGACUGAUUAUUAUGGGGGAAUUGACUCUGGGCGUGAGGGAUUUUAUGGACAGUCGUGCAGCCAGCUUUCUAAAAGAUGCCAAUUUAAACAGGGAAUGAGUAGAGGCCCAGGGAUAUGGGGAGUUGGAUGUUGGGAGAUAUCCUGGGAUCCGCUGGGUAGUGUGGCUGGCUUUCUCACACACAGCACACGCUUUGCCGCAUACACACCAGUUCCAUCCAUCUAGAGUUUGUCACAAGGCUGAUCACACUUCAUACAUUUCCAGUGUACCCGGUGGCAUUGUGUCAGAAAUAUAAGUGGAGAGGGUGGGGAUUUGUCUCUGUGUUCCAUCGUCUACCCCCUCAGUCAUCGAUAACCUGCGAGGAAAAUUGUUCUCUGUCGCCUUAGUCUAAUGCUACUGGAACGAGACCAUCCAUAAAAUGACUGCACUAGCAGUGUACACACACACACAGUUCUGACUUCCUAGCACUGUCAUCAUCGCUAACCUUUACUGCACAUCCCAAGCAUCAUUUGUGAUGGUGGCAUGGAUGUAUUGGAGAAGUACAGAGCCUGCUAAAUAUACAGUGUACAAAACAUUAGGAACACUUUCAAUGACAGACUGACCAGGUGAAUCCAGGUGAAAGCUAUGAUCCCUUAUUAAUGUCACCUGUUAAAUCCACUUCAAUCAUGUAAAUGAAGGGGAGGAGACCGGUUAAAGAAUAAUUUUUAAACCUUGAGACAAUUGAGACAUGGAUUGUGUAUGUGUGCCAUUGAGGGUGAAUGGGCAAGAAAAAAUAUUUAAGUGCCUUUUGAACGGUGUAUGGUAGUAGGUGCCAGGCACACCAGUUUGAGUGUGUCAAGAACUGCAACGCUGCUGGGUUUUUCACGAUCAACAGUUUCCCGUUUGUAUCAAGAAUGGUUAACCACCCAAAGGACAUCCAGCAAACUUGACACAACUGUGGGAAACAUUGGAGUCAACAUGGGCCAGCAUCCCUGUGGAACGCUUUCGACACCUUGUAGAGUCAAUGCCCUGUCGAAUUGAGGCUGUUCUGAGGGCAAAAGGGGAUGCAAUUCAAUAUUAGCAAGGUGUUCCUAAUGUUUUGUACACUCAGUGUAUAUCUAAUUAUUAUUUUCUGUCUUCUUCGCUCCCAGCUUUCGGAAGCUCCUCCACUACCUCAGUGUUUGGACAACAGCCCAGUGGUGGGAGUGUCUUUGGACAGGUAACAUUCACAUUUUACUAUGUGUACAAAAUAGAAAAUCAUCCUACCAUUUGACGUGUAACACUUCAGAGAAGACCCCCAAAUGCCCCUCUUCAAAUGCGAACACACACCACACCACUCACAUACACAUUAGAUGUAUUAUUGCAUUUGGGUAAGAACUCAUCAGAGAGGCCCAUGCACUAACUACUGCAUAACCAACGCUGGUCAUUAUGACCUUGUUGUGACUGUGGCUGUGCCCCCAAUUCUCCCCAGCAGCAGCCAUCCAGUGGUGGGGGUCUGUUUGGGUCUAGCUCUUCCACAGUAGCAGGCUCCCAGCAGGCAGGGGGAGGCUUCUUCAGUGGCCUGGGGGGAAAACCCAGUGAGGACGCCGCCAACAAGAACCCCUUCGGCACUACCACCGCCACCGGGGGCUUCAGACAGCCCAACCAGACAGGUGAGAGGACCCACAGGGGUGGAAAAGUGUUGUAGCAGAAAGGAUGACUCAUCUUAGAAUUAAACUUCCUGUGAAAUUUUAGGACAGUUAUCAUUAGCAAGAGACCCUUUGAUUGACAGCCCAAUUGCACAGGAUGAUAAAGUUGACUGAUAUACUCACUUUUAAUGCUGCUUCGUUUAAUACCUGCAAGCAAUACAAUGAGAAUCACUAGAGUUUAGAUGAGAGCACAAAUAUUUUGUGCAUUAAAACAUUAUCAAGGUAAAUGUUUUCCUGUACUUGUAGGGAAGUAGCCAAUAUAAUCAAUUUUGUUUCUAAACACAGCCUCACCUAAAUCAAUUUUCCUCAGCAUUCUGCUGCGAGCCUUAAUCUCAUAAGCAGAGGAGUGAUUUAGCCUGUUGAUGCUGGAGGCACUGACAGCGUAUGUGUUGUCCUAUCUGUGACACAACCCGAGUCAUAUGUUACUGCUCAACAGACUGACUGACAUAGUUUUACAUAGCAAAUAGGCUUCUAUCUGUAUGUUUUCUUAUUGUUCUAAUGCACACAAACUGCAUCGAAUCAUCCAUGUUUGUUCUGUAGAUGAAUGCAAAUAUGUUCAUAUUUUCCCGACCUUGAGGUGGUACGUGAUUAGUUUGUGUUAAACUGUGUUAAUGAAAACAUGAGUCAUUUUUUCCUCCAAGCUAUAUUUCACAGUGGUACUAUACAUGUAGGCUAGAUGAAUAGAAAUAUCCACCUUGAUAUGCAUUUGAGCCGCCCCCAUACUAUUCUACUAUGCCCUCUUUUGUUUUAAAUUGAAAUGGUGCAGAAUUCUGAUUAUGGCUAUCUGAAUAUGUAUGACCCAUUUCAAAGGGACUAUUUUUUAGGAUAAUAUAUCCCUUGCAUGCCAAAGGCAUUGAUUCUUAUGAGAAAUGUCAUUCUCUGGCACUCACCUAUUGCCUUCUAGGAAAUGUUCCCUGAACAAAUCCUACCCACAUUGUUUUACCCAUGUUUUCACCCAUGUUUAUUUUCUCAGUGCAGUGCAUGAUGUGCAUGUAGACCAUUAGCUUUUAGUCAAAUUCCUAAAUUCCAUUAGUUCUUGGACACUCACCUUUGGGAAGAGAAAUGCAAAUAAGUAUUUUCCUUGAGUAGCUCUUAACGGACAGUAGGCAUUGUGCCAUGCUGCCUAAUACAUCAAGUGUCCGUCCCAAUGUCUUCCACACACACCUAAUACCAUUCAGCCACUGUGGCAGUCACAUAUCCAUUUCCUCCAUCUGCCUGUCUCUGAUGAAAAGUGACCCCCUUUAUCUGAUAUUGCUGAUCAAGCUCCUUAAUGCCCGAAGAUGUCUUCUUCUCCUGCACCCAGUUAUUGAUUGGCAUCAUUGUCAGUCAUGUAACUUGUUCAUGUAAUCACCCAACUCUGAGAAUCUAUUUUGAUUUGAAAGGCGAUUAUUUUAUUUUCACAUUGGUUGCGUUCAAAUAACUAUCUUGUAAAUUGUUGGAGUGUGAAAGUGCUAAAUUGCUGAAAGUGGAUGACAUGUUUGGAAAUCUUCCACCUACACAGUGUUCUGUGGCAUUUACACCUUAAAUCUAGUGAAGUACUUGCCAUGAGCAGUAUUACCAUAUGGCCAAUGCAAAAACACUCAGCCUUGGAAAAGUAUGAAAACGGCCCCUAGAAAAUAGACUAAUUCCUCGAUGAAUGCGAAAAGCCAUUUCCAGUCUGUCACCAGCAGACUCUCACUAGCGCCGUGCUAAAAGCCCAGAGAGGAUUUAAUGAUAGAAAAUGAGGUUUCAUACAUUUCUCCAGUGGUAUAAAAAAGAAUGGAAAGAUUUAAAUGAGUCUUGAACCCCCCCCUACCAAAAUAAAAUAAAUAUAUAUACAGCUCUGGAAAAAAUUUAACCACUGCAAAAUUAUCAGUUUCUCUGGUUUUACUAUUUAUAGGUAUGUGUUUGGGUAAAAAUAACAUUUUUGUUUUAUUCUAUAAACUACUGACAACAUUUAUCCCAAAUUCCAAAUAAAAAUAUUGUCAUUUAGAGCAUUUAUUUGCAGAAAAUGACAACUGCUCAAAAUAACAAAAAAUAUGCAGUGUUGUCAGACCUCGAAUAAUGCAAAGAAAAUAAGUUAAUGUUCAUUUUUAAACAACACAAUACUAAUGUUUUAACUUAGGAAGGGUUCAGAAAUCAAUAUUUGGUGGAAUAACCCUGAUUUUGUGGUCCUCUGUAGCUCAGCUGGUAGAGCACGGCGCUUGUAACGCCAAGGUAGUGGGUUCGAUCCCCGGGACCACCCGUACACAAAAAAUAUGUAUGCACGCAUGACUGUAAGUCGCUUUGGAUAAAAGCGUCUGCUAAAUGGCAUAUUAUAUUAUAUUAUAUUAUUAUUAUUAUUAUAUAUUAUAUUAUUAUAUUUUCAAUCACAGCUUUCAUGCGUCUUGGCAUGCCCACCACCAGUCUUUCACAUUGAUGUUGGGUGACUUUAUGCCACUCCUGGCGCAAAAAUUAAAGCAGCUCUGCUUUGUUUGAUGGCUUGUGACCAUCCAUCUUCCUCUUGAUCACAUUCCAGAAGUUUUCAAUGGGGUUCAGGUCUGGAGAUUGGGCUGGCCAUGACAGGGUCUUGAUCUGGUGGUCCUCCAUCCACACCUUGAUUGACGUGGCUGUGUGGCAUGGCACAUUGUCCUGCUGGAAAAACCAAUCCUCAGAGUUGGGGAACGAUGUCAGAGCAAAAGGAAGCAAGUUUUCUUCCAGGACAACCUUGUACGUGGCUUGAUUCAUGCAUUCUUCACAAAGACAAAUCUGCCUGACUCCAGCCUUGCUGAAGCACACCCAGAUCAUCACCGAUCCUCCACCAAAUUUCACAGUGGGUGCGAGACACUGUGGCUUGUAGGCCUCUCCAGGUCUCCGUCUAACCAUUAGACGACCAGGUGUUAGGCAAAGCUGAAAAUUGGACUCAUCAGAGAAGAUGACCUUACUCCAGUCCUCUACGGUCCAAUCCUUAUGGUCUUUUGCAAACCUUAUCAUUGAUGAAGGGCUUUUUUCUAGCUUUGCACGACUUCAGCCCUGCCCCUAGGAGCCUGUUUCAAACUGUCCUCGCCGUGCACUUCACCCCAGCUGCCGUUUGCCAUUCUUUUUGUAGGUCACUUGAUGUCAUCCUGCGGUUGUUGAGUGACAUUCGAAUGAGUUGGCGGUCAUCCCGGUCAGUAGAGAGUCUUUUUCGCCCUCUGUCGGUCUGUAGCUUUGUUGUCCCUAAUGUCUGCUGCUUGACCUUGUUCUUAUGAACAGCCGUCUUUGAAAUUUUAAGGAUGGAAGCAAUCUGACGCUCACUGUAUCCCUCUGCCAGUAAAGCCAGAAUUGAACCCUUCUUUUCCUCACUCAAAACUUUCCUUUUCAACUCUUUUGGCAUGGUCAAUAGUUAUUUUUUGAUUAAUAUAACUUUGGGGGUACUAUUAGCACUGUUUUUGCCAUCUAGCUGGUCCUAUUGCAAAAGGAUAGUGAUGACCACAGCAGUGGUUUUGAUACUUUUCCUUGUUAAAUAAGAUUUGGUUCAGGUGAUCACCUAAUCAGUACAUAAUUCAUUAGAAUGGGGUGUGCCUGUGUUGGAAUUCAACAGACACUGGAAUGGAAUGGCUGUCAUACAUGUAGAGAUGCUGAUUUAAGAAAAAUGUGCAGUGGUCUCUUAAUUUUUUACACAGCUGUGUAUAUAUGACCUCUGAACGUAUUCACACCCCUUGACUUUUUACACAUUUUGUUGAAACCAUCUCUCCCAAUUGGUGCAAUCCCUUUCUCCUACAACUACCAGCAACAGACUGUAUCACCGCCAAAGCUAUGGACUGUCCAUGGAUUAAAUUGAGAUUUUUUGGUCACUGGCCUACACACAAUACCCCAUAAUAUCAGUGGAAUUAUGUUUUUCAACGUUUUUACAAAUUAAUAAAAAAUGAAAAGCUGAAAUGUCUAGAGGCAAUAUGUAUUCAACCCCUUUUGAUAUGGAAAGCUUAAAUGAGUUCAGGAGUAAAAAAUGCUUAACAAGUCACAUAAUAAGUUGCAUUGACUCUGUGCAAUAAUAGUGUUUAACAUGAUUUUUGAAUGACUACCUCAUCUCUGUAUCCUACACAUACAAUUAUCUGUAAGGUCCCUCAGUCGAGCAGUGAAUUUCAUGCACAGAUUCAACCACAAAAACCAGGGAAGUUUUCCAAUGCCUCACAAAGAAGGGCACCUAUUGGUAGCUUGGUAAAAAUAAAGUUAUUAAUUACACUUUGGAUGGUGUAUCAAUACACCCAGUCACUACAAAGAUACAGGCAUUCUUUCUAACUCAGAUGCUAGAGAGGAAGGAAACCGCUCAGGGAUUUCACCAUGAGGCCAAUGGUGACUUUAAAACAGUUAGAGUUUAAUGGCUGUGAUAGGAGAGAACUGAGCUUGAAGAAUUUUGAAAAGUAUAAUGGGCAAAUGUUUCACAAUCCAGGGGUGGAAAGCUCUUAGAGACUUACCCAGAAAGGCUCACAGCUGUAAUCGCCGCCAAGGUGCUUCUAGAAAGUAUUGACACUACAAAGUAUUGACUCAGGGGUGUGAAUACUUACAGUACCAGUCAAAAGUUUGGACACACCUACUCAUUCCAGGGUUUUUCUUUAUUUUUUGUAUUUUUUACAUUAUAGAGUAAUAAUGAAGACAUCAAAACUAUGAAAUAACACAUAUGGAAUCAUGUAGUAACCAAAAAAGUGUUAAACAAAUCAAAAUAUAUUUUAUAUUAUUAUUAUUUUAGUUUUUGGUUUAAAAAAAGAUUGUAAAAUCACCAGCAAUUCAGCUAAAAUGUGUUUUAAUUUAGGAAAUCUGUUCCCAAGUAUUCCCACAAAUAAAAAGAGUCUCACAAAUCGGCCUGCUGCUGAAUCUAGUUACCCUACCCCUGAUAUACAGGGACGUUCAGGUUUGCUACAUCUCUUGUCCUCGCUCUCGUCCACUUGGAAGGGACCAAAAGCCAAUUCGAGAACUUUUCUUUGUGAAGCUGUCUAGGGUUUCCCAUACCAUUACUUAGGUGAGAAGCUUAGCUCAGUGGCGCCCUGUCUAGAAAUCUUUUGGGAUCUUUUUACAUCGAUUUUAAAAGCAUAGUUGAGUCAAAAUUCAGUUUUUCCUGUGUUUUAUAUGAAACUAACUGUUAAAGUGUGAAAACUGUUGAUCAGUGUUAUUACCUGAUAGUUGCUGGUUGAAAAUACAAUCUACACAGGACCUUCUAAUCAGCAGGUUUGCAUGGGCGGAAGUUUCGACUUUCCAUGGUGACAUCACCAUGCGGUAAAUUGGUUAAUAGACCAAUAACAAAGAGUUUCAAACCUCUCUGAGUUCCUGCACUUCUUAUAGAAUAUUAGCUCAAAAUAUUAGCUCAAAAUAUCACAUUUAUAUAAGUAUUCAGACCCUAUACUCAGUACCAUGUUGAAGCACCUUUGGCAGCGAUUACAGCCUCGAGUCUUCUUGGGUAUGACACUACAAGCUUGUCAAACCUGUAUUUGGGGAGUUUCUCCCAUUCUUCUCUGCAGAUCCUCUCAAGAUCUGUCAGGUUGGAUGGGGCGCGUCACUGCACAGCUGUUUUCAGGUCUCUCCAGAGAUGUUCGAUCAGGUUCAAGUCUGGGCUCUGGCUGGGCCAUUCAAGGACAUUCAGAGACUUGUCACGAAGCCACCCCAGUCUGAGGGCAUGAGCACUCUGAAGCAGGUUUUCAUUAAGGAUCUCUCUGUACUUUGCUCCGUUCAUCUUUCUCUCAACCCUGACUAGUCUUCCAGUCCCUGCCGUUGAAAUAAAUCCCCACAGCAUGGUGCUGCCACCACCAUGCUUCACCGUAGGGAUGGUGCCAGGUUUCCUCCAGACGUGACGCUUUGCAUUCAGGCCAAGGAGUUCCAUCCUGGUUUCAUCAGACCAGAGAAUCUUGUUUCUCAUGGUCUGAGAGUCCUUUAGGUGCUUUUUGGCAAACUCCAAGCGGGCUGUCAUGUGCCUUUUACUGAGGAGUGGCUUCCGUCUGGCCACUCUACCAUAUAGGCCUGAUUGGUGGAGUGCUGCAGAGAUGGUUGUCCUUCUGGUAGGUUCUCCCAUCUCCACAGAGGAACUCUGGAGCUCUGUCAAAGUGAUCAUCGGGCUCUUGGUCACCUCCCUGACCAAGGCCCUUCUCCCCUGAUUACCACAGGUGGAUGCCAAUCAAGUUGUAGAAACAUCUCAAGGAUGAUCAAUGGAAACAGGAUGCACCUGAGCUCAAUUUCGAGUCUCAUAGCAAAGGGUCUGAAUACUUAUAUAAAUAUUUUUUUUUUUUUUUUUUUUUUUGCAACAUUUUCUAAAAACCAGUUUUCGCUUUGUCAUUAUGGGGUAUUGUGUGUAGAUUGAUGAGGAAAAAAGUAUUUAAUCAAUUUUAGAAAAAGGCUGUAACGUAACAAAAUGUGGAAAAAGUCAAGGGGUCUGAAUAAUUUCCGAAUGCACUGUAAAUAUGAACAGGUCCGGCACUAAGAAUUUGUGCCCGCACCUAUUUCAGUCUACAUACUAUACUGCUAUAAAUCCACUUUUAACCUCUGUCUGUCCUACAGGAGGGACCACCCUGUUUGGGAACAGCGGGGCCAAAACCUUUGGCUUUGGCUCUCCAGCGACAACAUUCGGAGGGGGGGAGCUGACGUCCAGUGGGACCUUCAGCACGGGAGGUGGGAGCGUGGCCGCUCAGGGGUUCGGCUCCUUCUCCACCCCUGCCAAACAGACAGGUAGGCUACACCCUCAACCCAAAAGAAGUGACUAGUCCACCCAGCUUUGUCAACUCCAGACUUUUGUGUCCAUGGUUAUAUGUUCAUAAGUGUUGUCCAACAAUGUCACAAAUAACCCUUCUGUUAUUAGACUUUGGGUCUCAAUAGCCUGUCUCACAAAAUAUAUACAUUUGUGAUUUUGAAGAGUAUGUCGAUUAUACAGUGGGGAAAAAAAGUAUUUAGUCAGCCACCAAUUGUGCAAGUUCUCCCACUUAAAAAGAUGAGAGGCCUGUAAUUUUCAUCAUAGGUACACGUCAACUAUGACAGACAAAAUGAGGGAAAAAAAUCCAGAAAAUCACAUUGUAGGAUUUUUUAUGAAUUUAUUUGCAUAUUAUGGUGGAAAAUAAGUAUUUGGUCAAUAACAAAAGUUUCUCAAUACUUUGUUAUAUACCCUUUGUUGGCAAUGACACAGGUCAAACGUUUUCUGUAAGUCUUCAAGGUUUUCACACACUGUUGCUGGAAUUUUGGCCCAUUCCUCCAUGCAGAUCUCCUCUAGAGCAGUGAUGUUUUGGGGCUGUCGCUGGGCAACACGGACUUUCAACUCCCUCCAAAGAUUUUCUAUGGGGUUGAGAUCUGGAGACUGGCUAGGCCACUCCAGGACCUUGAAAUGCUUCUUACGAAGCCACUCCUUCGUUGCCCGGGCGGUGUGUUUGGGAUCAUUGUCAUGCUGAAAGACCCAGCCACGUUUCAUCUUCAAUGCCCUUGCUGAUGGAAGGAGGUUUUCACUCAAAAUCUCACGAUACAUGGCCCCAUUCAUUCUUUCCUUUACACGGAUCAGUCGUCCUGGUCCCUUUGCAGAAAAACAGCCCCAAAGCAUGAUGUUUCCACCCCCAUGCUUCACAGUAGGUAUGGUGUUCUUUGGAUGCAACUCAGCAUUCUUUGUCCUCCAAACACAACGAGUUGAGUUUUUACCAAAAAGUUAUAUUUUGGUUUCAUCUGACCAUCUCCCAAUCCUCUUCUGGAUCAUCCAAAUGCACUCUAGCAAACUUCAGACGGGCCUGGACAUGUACUGGCUUAAGCAGGGGGACACGUCUGGCACUGCAGGAUUUGAGUCCCUGGCGGCGUAGUGUGUUACUGAUGGUAUGUUUUGUUACUUUGGUCCCAGCUCUCUGCAGGUCAUUCACUACGUCCCCCCGUGUGGUUCUGGGAUUUUUGCUCACCGUUCUUGUGAUCAUUUUGACCCCACGGGGUGAGAUCUUGCGUGGAGCCCCAGAUCGAGGGAGAUUAUCAGUGGUCUUGUAUGUCUUCCAUUUCCUAAUAAUUGCUCCCACAGUUGAUUUCUUCAAACCAAGCUGCUUACCUAUUGCAGAUUCAGUCUUCCCAGCCUGGUGCAGGUCUAUAAUUUUGUUUCUGGUGUCCUUUGACAGCUCAUUGGUCUUGGCCAUAGUGGAGUUUGGAGUGUGACUGUUUGAGGUUGUGGACAGGUGUCUUUUAUACUGAUAACAAGUUCAAACAGGUGCCAUUAAUACAGGUAACGAGUGGAGGACAGAGGAGCCUCUUAAAGAAGAAGUCACAGGUCUGUGAGAGCCAGAAAUCUUGCUUGUUUGUAGGUGACCAAAUACUUAUUUUCCACCAUAAUUUGCAAAUAAAUUCAUUACAAAUCCUACAAUGUGAUUUUCUGGAUUUUUUUUCUCAAUUUGUCUGUCAUAGUUGACGUGUACCUAUGAUGAAAAUUACAGGCCUCUCUCAUCUUUUUAAGUGGGAGAACUUGCACAAUUGGUGGCUGACUAAAUACUUUUUUUCCCCACUGUAACUUUUUCAAGCAAGCAUCUUUUAAUUGCGAAAUUAUUGCCUUGUUUCAAGGUGGUAUUACAAGGUAAUGUCUGUCAGUGCGGUGGGUGGCUCAGUGUCGUGUGAGGGUCAGAGAGUGGGGCAGGUGGUGAUGGAUGAACACUCCACACACGCAUCACUUCCUCCCCGGCCAGGCAGUGGUGGUGGCUCCUCUCCCUGCAACCUCAGCUGCCCCCAGCUAGCUCCCCAAGGAGAGACUCACUCUGUCCUCCUUCAUCAUCUGAGCUACAGCGAGAGUCACCUUAUCUCUUUCUGCCAGUACAGCACUAGUGGAACACGGUCAGGCUACAUUCCACAAUGCAGCAUCUUUCAUAGCUAGUGAACAGUCUGAUCUAUUUGGCCAGAGCAGUCAUAGCAUACAUUUUGUCAACGCAGUUAUAAUAUUUCCUCAAGCUAGCUAAAAUUAUAGCAUGUCUUAGCAAUUAUAAAGUCAUAGCGUUCCCCAAAAGUUAUUACCGCUGCAGUUUUGUCUUGGCAUUUUACUCAGCUAGCUAUCUAGCACUGCCAAAUGACAUCACCUCUCCUAGCUUUACCACAGGUAGCAUCUACCCCUAAACUCUUGGGCCCAUAUUCACAAAACGUCUCAGAGUAGGAGUACUGAUCUAGGAUCAGGUCUCUCCUAUAAAUCAUUAAUGAUCCUAGAUCAGUACUCCUACUCUGAGACGCUUUGUGAAUACGGGACCUGGAGGUUUUCGGUGCCGCUCUCGGUUCUAUGGCUCUUAUCAUUGGCCAGGGUCCAAGGAAUGUAAUCCUAUUACAUUAGCCCAAUCAAUUAUUCACUGGGCCGUGCUCGUCUUUUAGCCAGGCUGUAAUUUCAGUGCUCCCCUCUCUUUAACUCCUCCUCCCUCCCUUCUCAGCCCCAGAGAGAGUGUGGUUGGCAAUCAAUUCCUAUCAAGCCCUCAUCGCCCCUAUGCUAUGUGUGUGUGAGAGCAGUUGUCCCUGAACAGAAAUGGAGAGCAGACGAUAAUACAACAACACAACGUUAUUAAUCAUGUUGGGGCGAUUAGUUUUAGGGCAACACCAGGUGUGACAUACACAUCGGUAAAAGUUUAGGAAUAAGGUAAACAUUGCCUCUAUUUGCAUCUAUUUUUGAAACCUUUGCUAUUAUGUAUGGUUAGUAUUAGGCUGUGGUAAGUGUCCCCUGAGACAUUCUGCCCUGCCCGCCCGUCUCAACCAAUACAAGAAUAUUGCUCAUACACAUGUCAAGCGUAUUCAUGUAACCAUCCCUCUCACAUGUAUUUUAUCAAAUGCAAAGUAACCCUUCCUCACACACCCCUCUCCACCCCUCUCUCUGUACCCCUACAGGUGGUUUUGGGAGUGCCCCUGUGUUCGGUAGCCCCCCUGCUUUUGGGGGCUCCCCGGCGUUUGGGGGGGCAGCAGCAUUUGGCUCGGCCCCCUCUUUCAGCAGUCCCAUGGGCUCCUCAGCCAGCAAGGUGUUUGGAGAGGGCACAGCAGCCGCCAACGUGGGAGGAUUCGGGUAA